UUACACGUCGGGUAAGGAAAUUAACCCUUUAAGUGGCAAUGUGCCCAGGUGCUCCCUACUUUACUAUUAUUUAACUUUGUCUAACACCAGGCAAUUUUACUCGUCAGGGGAAGAGUGCUGCCACUCAAUGGGUUUUAAGCAUGUUUUCAGCACAAGUUACAAAAUUUUUAACAAGACAUGAUAGGACACAUUGGAGAGAGAACCUGGUGCAAUUGCAGAAUACCAUGCCACAUAUAUAUUUCCACUGUGUAGCCACAGGAAGCCAAGGCUCUGUGCGUAGCCAGCAUCCAGCCUUUGCCUGCACCAGGCUGUAGAAAAGUUUCCAGCCCUGAGGUCGCAAGCGAUAUGCCAAAUUCCUCAUUACAUUCAAAGGUAAUCACUGUUCAUCAAAGAAGAAUGACAAACGGUUAAUCAAUUUUAAUUUAAACGAGCUCCCACACUUAAAUAUAUAUCAUUAGAUUUUUGGGUGAGAAUUCUUGGUUUGUGCAAUAAUUUUAAGGCCCUAUAGUGAGAAAGGCUAAUUUUCUUUUGUUUCUGUUGAGAAAACAACGAAUUUGUGGUUAAAACGUUGUGUGCGCCAAUGUGGGUUGCCGUAAAAUGACAGACAAUCUGAAUCCAAUUUCUUUUCUGUAUAGGUAAUAGAAUGGUUAAACAUGCACGAGUGAGUUUUUCAAAGACGAUCAAAAUUUCACGGGCCGAAGGACGAGUGCAAUUUGAAGUCUUUGAAAACUCACGAGUGUAUGUUUUUCCAAAUUCCACGAGAAACUGUACUAAUACUUAUUAUUAUGGGUACUAGGUUAUUUUUCGAGUUAAGCCUUUUCAAGUUAAGCCCCUGCCACGCCCUUUUUCGCCCAGGGCUUAACUCGAAGUCAGUUAACGGUUUAAGCAUUCGAGAACAUGUGACGCGUGUAUACUCACAGAAACAUUCGCAUAAUUACACGAUUUUAUAAAGAGAGGAAUAUUCUAAAUAAAACAAAACAACAUAUAGAGUCGAUUUAAAGUUUGUUCGUUCACAGCAACCAGGUAUAUUAAUCAUAUUUUGACUCCCUACUCUGGUUUAUAUAUAAAUGAAUACAAAGCCCGGUCAAAUUGUAAUCAAGAUCAAACGUUUCGACACUCCAGUCUAGUGUCUUCUUCAGAGGUGAUCUAAAGUUGCAAUGUGGCUUCUUAAAUACCCAAGGGAUGACGACAUCUGCCAAUGAGAUGCAUGUAUUCCUCUGGCAAAUAGGCACCGUCAUCCCUAUUCAAAGCAUGAUUACUCGUAUUUAUAUGGCACGCUUCUAGGCAUCGUCUUUGACCAUAGCGAUUGUUUGUGAUAAUUACUUUAGAAUUUUCCCACGCAAUCUCGUGUUUGGUGUCACACACACAUGUUCUGCUAAAGCUGAUUUCCCCUUGUUUAAAGUUGAAACAGCCUUUUGAUGUUCUUUUAGCCGUGUACUAAACUGGCGUUUAAACUGACCCAAAUACUUUCUCGCAGUCACCGCAUGGUAUAGAAUAUACAGCACGAGUUUUCUGAUUUGUUUUCUAUUUCUUUCGGCUUUGCGAAAAUAUGGCCUACAGUCAAAUAGGGUUUUAAGGCAACCUAAUUAAUUAAUAUUACAAUUACUUAAGAUUUUCUUGAUUGGUUUUGUGACACCUUGAAUGUAUGGAACUAUAUAACCCUUGGCAUAGGUAUCACCCUUGGAGUUAUUUUGGUUCUUACAAACAGGUGGUCUCAGGCAAUCAUUGAGAAAACGUUUCGGGUAAUCGUUUUGAGUUGAGGUUGUACGAAGGCUUUAUAGUCUUAUUACAGGCACAUUAUGGAAAUGUUUUUACCGAGGAAACCCGACAGAACAUAGCUGACGAACAUACUUUUAAGCUUUUAACGAAAGCCAAGGUCUCUCAUUUCGCGAUGUCAUUGUCGGCAUAAAACUGUAGGCAAAGCAACAAAGAUCUUAAGCAAAAUGUAUUUCCUAAAAUUGCUGAAAAUAAUUUUUCUAUAAAUUUACAUUCUCGUUAAUUGAGUUCCCUGACUCAAAGUACUAAAACAACCUUAUGUUCAUCGAGUUGAGCCCCCGGCAGAAAAGGGCGUGGCAGAGGCUUAACUCGAAAAGGGCUUAACUUGGAAAAUACCUACCCAUAUUUUGGAAAACAGACAAUCGUUGUUUUUUGAUGUUUCUCUGAGUGUGCAUCCACACCGGGCAAGGACUCUGUUCCGAAAUAUCACCAACUCGAACCGACUCAGUUGGUAGCUAGAGCAUUGGACUAGUAUCCCAAAGGUCGCGGGUUCGAUUCGCAAACUUUUCAGCCUGCCCGUGUGGAUGCACACUCAGAGUAACAUCACAAACAUCAUAUUCAUCUGAGUACAAAACACCAACACACACAGAAAUCAUCAUAUCUUACAAUGCAUUGAUAUCGAAGGAACUAGACAAGAGGGAAGAGCCUGGGAACGAGGUUGGGAACUAGACUCCGAAAUAUCACCACAAACAUCAUGUUCACCUGAGUACAUAACACCAACACACACAGAAAUCAUCAUAUUAGAAAUGAAUAUAUGAUGUAGCCGGUUAGCUGGUGUGCAGUUGGGAAAUCACCAUGCACUGAAAAUGCUAUACAGUCGAAUGCCUAUGCAGUAAUUAAAAUGUGAUUAGCCACUCGAAUGUUUUGCCAGUUCACUGUGCUUAGUCAGAUGCCUUUCGUAGUGGUGCAUUCGGCAAUUACUCUACAGUUGUUGUGAAUGUGAUGUUUUGUAACAAAUUUCUGUAUUUUCCAUUCUGGGCCUCUAGGAAAACAAAAUGAUACACACUGGAGACAGACGUUAUGAAUGUGACGUUUGCAAGAAAAGAUUUAAAAAAUCCGAUAAACUGGCGGCACAUAAGAGAACACACACUGGAGAGAAACCUUAUGAAUGUGAUGUUUGUAAGAAACGAUUUACAGAAUCUGGCCAACUGAAAAUACACAAAAGAACACACACUGGAGACAGACCUUAUGAAUGUGAUGUUUGUAAGAAAAGAUUUAAACAAUGUGGUCAUCUAACGACACAUAAGAGAACGCACACUGGAGACAAACCCUAUGAAUGUGAUGUUUGUAAGAAACGAUUUAUAGAAUCUGGCCAUCUUAAAUCACACAAAAGAACACACACUGGAGAUAAGCCUUACGAAUGUGAUGUUUGUAAGAAACGAUUUAAACAAUCGGCCCAUCAUAAAAAGCACAAAGGAACACAUACUGGAGACAAGCCUUAUGAAUGUGAUGUUUGUAAGAGAAGAUUUACUCAAUCUAACCGUCUAGCUUCUCAUAAAAGAACACACACUGGAGCCAAACCUUAUGAAUGUGAUGUUUGCAAGCAGAGAUUUUCCCAGUCUUACAAUCUAGCAACACAUAAAAGAAAACACACUGGGAACAAACCUUACAAAUGUGACGUCUGUGAGAAAAGAUUUGCGGAUUCAGGAAAUUUAGCAGUCCACACAAGAACACAUACAGGGGCUAAACAUUACGGAUGUGAUGUUUGUUUGAAAAGGUUUAGACAUUCAAAUACUUUGGUGACACACAGGCGGAUACACACAGGAGAAACACCAUAUGAAUGUAAUAUCUGUAACAAACGAUUUUCACAAUCUAGCCAUCUAGGAACACAUAUAAGGAGACACACUGGGGACAAACCUCAUGAAUGUCAUGUCUGUAAGAAACGAUUUCUACUAAAACAAUAUCUUAAUUACCAUGAAAAGCUACAUUUGUUGUGCGACACUUGCCACAAAGAGAUUAUUGAACCCCAAGAUUUGCAAGAGCAUUUUCUUAAGGAUACAAGCACUGGAAAGUAUGUUUGCAGUAAAUGUAGCAAAGAAUUUCCUUAUAGUUUUAAGAAAUGGGUACGACAUAUAGCAAGGGAACAUGGGAAUGAUGGGAAGUAUCAAUGCGGUUUUUGUCAAGAACUGGAAUCAACAAAACCAACUGGUGUUGGAUAUGCUUGUUGCGCCUGUGAUGCUGUGUUUGAUGUUCCCAGAGGACUUGAAGAACACAUGGUCACUCAUGACAUGAUGCAGAUUGAAUAAGUUUCAGCUCUAUAUGACUUUUGUAUUUUAAUGACUAAUGUUGAUUGUACCUGGGAUAAGAAUAAAGUGUGGAUAGGGACCUGGAGAGAGGGUUGUGGGACUAUGCAAAUACUGUACAGGUUUCGGAAUUCAGGUUAGCAAUCGGCAAAUGGCAAUCUGGUUGCUGACCUAUGGUCAUGACAACUCGGCCAAAAAUUGCCGAUCUGCAGUUAUACUUUUCUGAUGUCAGAAUUCAGAGCAUGCAAAUGACGCAUUUAAACAUCGCAUAUUUAAACUUUGAGGUAAUGGACCAUUCCCCCAAUUAACCAAAAUUUUGAUCUCAACAAGUCUAGACAAAAAUUUCAUCACAGUUUAAAAGAGCAUCACAAAAUUAGUAAUAUUCCAAAGUUUCGUUGCAAAAUGUUGUAAAAUGCGGAUAAUAUAGCCUUGCGAAAUUUGCAGUUUUCAGUCAUUUUAGAUUACAAACGGGAAAUGGUUACCACUAUUCCAAAAUUUUGAUCUUAACUGGCCAGGUGAUCUUGAUACGCGGAAAAGUACUGGCACUAGUUGUCAAAUAGAAAUCCAUUUUAUGAUUAAAACAACUGAAUAUCUCCUGUAAUAUACUUUAUUUCGAUUCCAUAUUUUUGUCAGAGCUAUAGUUCUCAUAACGAAACAUAAUUACAAAAUUUCAACUAGUUUCAUAAAGAAUAACGAAAGUUAUAAUUGACUGAAUACAACAAAAUGGAUUUCUAUUCGGACAACCCUUUCUGAGCGCUGAUUGGUAAAAUACGAACACGAGAUCACCCGGAGCCUAAACAAAAAUUUCAUCACGGCUUGAACGAGCAUCACAAAAUGAGUAAUAAUCCAAAGUUUCGUUGCAAACGUUACAAAGUUUCGUUGUAUUACGCACUGAAGUGGUAACCAUUUCCCGUUUGUAAUCUAAAAUGACUGAAAAUUGCAAACUUCGCAAGGCGGCUAUAUUAUCCGCAUUUUACAACAUUUUGCAACGAAACUUUGGAAUAUUACUAAUUUUGUGAUGCUCUUUCAAGCUGUGAUGAAAUUUUUGUCUAGACUUGUUGAGUUCAAAAUUUUGGUUAAUUGGGGAAUGGUCCAUUGAAUGCUAUAAUUAGCUAAUUUCUUCUAUACUGUUUUCCUUGGUCACUGUGAAUAUGUUUUUGUGGAAUUGAUUUGCGCUGGUUUAACUCGAGCACAGAAUGACUCCAUUCGGCAAGGGUUAUAAAAUGGGAAAAACUGGUUCCCAUAUAAACGGUUGGAACCAUUUGAAUCGAUUUUUCAAGCGGAACAAAUGUUGUCUAUUUGAGGCCAUUUUUAAGAAUUCGUCAUUGGGGGUGGGGGGAGGGGAGCUACAAAAAGGGGACAUAAUAGGUCACUAGUAUAUGGUGCCAUGCGUUGGUCACUUUUUCGAAUGGAAGCAUAAAAUACCGGGGUCCCACAGGGAACAAAGCUUGGCCCGCUCUUAUUUUUGGUCAUGAUUAAUGACCUCGGAGUGUAAAACAACCUGAUGAUACCACUUUCUGGGAACAGAUAAUUUUGAUAUGAUACGCCUUUAUCACAUCAAAAUUAUCUGUUGUCACGGCAAUCGGAAAUUACAUGGAAGUGGCCACCUAAAAAGUCUUUACAGAGUCUUUGCUACUGUUUCUUUCCAGCAAAAGAGGGCGUUCAUUAAGCGGGGCACUUAAGCCCAGGGGCCAGUUGUUCAAAGCUGGGUUAGCUUAACCCUGGAUUAACCUAAAAUACGAAGCAAACUUCUUGACAACUUGUCUAUAAAUUUGAAAAUAUUUCUUCAUAGAUCUUGUCUGGAUCGAUAAUUGUGUUUACUUCUCCGAAGUUUUGAAAUAAACAGACAUGUAGAAAUACACAAACUAAAACAGCAGGUUAAAUUAUAACCCAGGGUUAGUACUAAUCCACCUUUGAACAACCGACCCCAGAAAAAGGGCACUUUUUUCAUUUAAAAAAACGUGGGGUGCACAUGCCCCCAUUGCCACCAGUUCCGCGGCCCCUGGUGAAUACUACUGUCGCAUUUUCAAACUUCUCUGGGGAUUAACGAAUCGGAAGCCAAAAGUCGCGAUUGAAAUACAACUACAACUGAAAAGUCGCCAUUGUUGUUGUUGUGAGAAUAUGCUUUUUUUGUAGUUUAAAACAGUACGUGAUUUAAUUUUAAGCUUCUUAAAUCCACGAAAAGAGUUUGAAAAAGCGAUAAUUAUGUAAUUGUUAAAAAAAAGUCAUGUAAUCGGCCUUUCUCACGAAUGCCCAAACCGCCAUUUUGGGAGUACUGUCUGUCUCGUGAAAGAUUCUAGACAAUUCAAACAACGUGAAAAGGUUAAGCGACUUUUAAAAGUUGUAACUGUAAAUUUGCCAUUAUAUAAACAACUACAAUAACUGUAAAUUUGCCAUUAUAUAAACAACUACAAUACUAAAAAGUUGCAUUUCGCGGUGCGGAGACUCAUAACCACUGAGCUCAUAACUCAUAGGUGAGUGCAAUUGCAAUUUAUAUAGAUCAGUGGCUGUGAUAAGUUGCCGGGCAAUGCAUGAAUUUUCUCUCCCCCCUUUGAAAGCGACUGGGGACGAAGCAGGUUUUUUUACACGGUUCCAAGCAAGCACUGAGGGGUUCCAAGUAGGACAAGUAGGUGUAUAAAAUCAAAAACAGUACGUAGGUCGCAGGUACAGACUGUACCUGCGACCUACGUACUGUUUUUGACUCGUACAGAUCUCUGAGCUAUACUAUAUUACUGGAGGACCUGCUCGGCAUCAACAAGUGUGAAUCCAAAAACAUGAGGAUCUUGCGCCAUUGCCAUGACUACUGGUCCCUAGAUUCAUGGCAACUACCACUGUCCCAACCCAAUAUUUGAGCCCAAGUAUUUUAAGAUUUCGCUUGUUUUUGAAGUAAAAUCGCACUGACUCUUCCACAGUACCUCAUCCGUUAUCCGUACGCGCGGUCGCGAUAAUUUGAGCUUCGCGUUCUAUCGCAUUCCCAUUAAGCACCGCGCUCCCAUUGUUUUCCACUCUAUUCCCAACUGAAGCGACGAGGGACGAGGCAGGGCCUGCGGAGGAGGAGGCAUAAUUUUCUGUUCGACGCACAAUCUCGUUCCCCGAGCCUGCGAUCCUCGGGAAGGAAACGAAGGCUCUGGGAUAAUCCGUUGCCGGAAGCCAGGAAUUCUGGCUAAGAUUGAACUACGCAGAAUUCCUCCCUGAAACGGAUUAUCCCAGAGCCUCGCGUUCCUUCCCGAGGAUCGCAGGCUCGGGGAACGAGAUUGUUCGAUGCACAGAAAAUCAAAAUAUAAAAGUGGAAGCAUUACAUGUAUUAAUUAUUAAAACUGAUCGAAGCAAUCAAGUUCAAGAAGCAUUCUCAUGCAGAAAGAUUUUUUAUUGAAUUUUGAUUUUGAAGUGACCAGUUAGCCUUGGUAUAAAACUGGUAAGAUAUAAUUUAUCUAUAUUAAAGCAACAUGGUUGAAGAUUUUGCUAUAAUGCUGUUGAGUCAUGCCAGAAUUUACCAGACCAAUCCAUAGAUUUAAUCUUAUUAUAAGAUAUAUUAGUAUUAUCAAUGUUGCUCUUUUGCCAUUGACUUGUACCCUGGAGGGUAUUUAUUUCCGCCUCUUCUGAUUGGCAUUGGUAACAUUCACAAUAUUUUAUAUAGUGCCUUACCCUUUACAUCCCAACCUUUCCUGACCCUGACACAAGAACUGAACAUUUUAAAUUCCAUUAAUGGUUUUCGAAUGAUUCCCAAAGAUUUCACAUGUCAGUCAUGUGGACUAUCAAAUAUUGUAAAAACUGAACUCUCACGAUUAUUAGUUACAGAUUUCCCAUAUGGUAAAUUCGGUAAAAAACCAUGAUAUAUUUACUAUAAACCAUGAUAUUAUAUAUUAAUAUUUACCCAGGGCCGUAGUGCAGUGAUGUUUUCCAGGGGGAAUGCGGGGGAACGCCGUCCCCCCACCUUUUUUACCGGGGGAACGGCAUCCCCCUUGCCAAAAUCAAACAUGGGGGAACGCCGUUCCCCCUGGCAGGGAUUAAAUAUUAGCGAAGUUCAGUGAACGCCGUUCGACACCGUCCAAAUAAUUUUGGCUAUCACUUGUUCUACAUACGUGUUAUUUGCCGAAAUUUCUAGCAGACUAGUACAAAAUAAUAGUCUAGAGUCUGAUAAUUGACGUCCACUUAGAUAGUUCACAAUCAAUUGUCAUCAGCACGGAGAUAACGUCAGGCAGCAGCCCAGCGGGAUAUAAUUUGAAUUACCUUAUGCAUGGAGUUAGCAGACAUGAUACCUGAAAAACACGUAGCUUGCGCGCGGUAGAUGUCAAAAAGCAAAUAAAACCACGUUAACUUUCCAAUUUUGAUGAUGCAUUAGUGCUAUGUGAGUCAACCAACUCGGCAAAUAGGCAACUUUGCAAGUUAAAUAUGACGUUUUCACAAGUAACUAAAUAAGCUUGGAUCAUGGGCGUACUGGAAGGAAAAAAUUAGGGGGGCGGAAAGAAAAUUGCCCGAUUUUUAGGGAUUGUGCCAGAAUAGUACCGAAAAUUUUUUUCCGGAAAAAUUAUUUUGGCGACAUAAUACUAAUUUUAAAAAAACACAAAAUUUACACAAAAUUUACUUAAUUUUAGACAAAAUUGACAGAAUUUGUCCCAUUUUUUUUAUUGCAAACCAAAAUUGCCCGACUGUUCAUCGAAUAUUGCCCGACUGCCUAACAAACUGGGGGAGCUACCGCCCGUACGCCUAUGGCUUGGAUAAUAGAUAUCCUUGAAUCUUUCCCAUUCAUGUUAAUGUUCUUAUUGAAUCAUUUUAUGUUCCCAUUGAUGAUUUUAAUGUUUAAUUUCGCGAUUGCGUGAAAGACUAUACUACUUUAUAAAAAUCAAGCCUAAGCCAGAAAUUGUAAAAUAGGUUGUUGACCAUUGUAGUUAGUAAGAGAUAUGAUUUCUAAAAGAUCUAAAAUCGUUGAAUUCUUUACUGAAAAAUCUGUGGAAGACUCAAUUUCAGAAGUUGAAACUGGCUUCGUAGCCAUCCGUUAACCAUCAUCCACAGCAAUGUGACAUAUUUUGACAAGCUUGCCUAUUAGACUAAAGUCACUAAAUCCCCGCUUGUUUAAUAUUUCAUGGCCAAUGGCCACGCCCAAUAGAAUGACCAUGCCCAUUUGAUUUUCAAGAGCGUUCCCCCUCUUCUAAAAUUAGCAAAACAUCGCUGCCGUAGUGGUGGGGGGGGGUGGGGUGGUGGUUAAUCCCCAACCUCUUUAAAAUUAACAUUCGGAAAAUCAGGUUGGCUAUUUUUAGUUGUUAAACAGAAAAUAUUAAUAUAAUUGUAUUGUCAGUAUAAAGUGAUUUACGAAAUCUUGUCAUUUUAAUGGUAACAUUUAACAAAUCGUAAAUCGGUAAAUGUUUUUCAGUUUAUUACUUCAUAAAAUGAGCAAGCGUGAGCAAAGGCAAUUCUCCCAGUACUGCUAAUCAUAGGAAUGGGAAACGGCAUUUCAGAGACUCUAAAUUAAAAUUUCUCGGGCUUGGCCCUCACUUAGCUCCCAAUCAAAAAGUGAUUCCUAUGGCACUGCUUCUGAUGUCUGUGCAUAACAUAUGCAUAUUUUUGUUUGUAAGUUGCGUCUUCAUUUUUCGGAUAGCAAGCACCUUCGUGGCUUCGUAUCAAUCGUAUGCCAUGAAAUAUUCGGAAAUUUUUUUCAUCAUUCGGAAAUUUUGGCAGGCUACCCCAACUAUACAUGCUAGCUACAGCCCUGUAUUUACCAUCAAUGGUAUUUUCCUGGUAAAUAUUAACGCCCAAUGCGCCCUGAGAUUGACAAGUGGGUAACGGACAAUGCGCCCACAUGCGCCCUCAAAUGACACCUCAACUUGCGGGCAUGAUAUUUGAGCACGUGUUUAUCGGGUUGCCUAGCAACGGAUACGAAAAUAGAACGUGAAAUUCCAUAGGCAGCCCACUAAACGACUGAAUUUAAAUUAAAACUACAAUGAAAUUAUAAAAUUUAACGAAAAUAAUCACAAAUUAGCGAAAUAUAUUGCAAAAUGUAGCUUAUAUUAUGGUGGCUCCCUACAGUUAGUACAGUUUAAAUAUGAUUUAUAUAGUUCAGACUUCAUCCUCGCGACCUGCGCGUGGAAUCGUCGUGUUUACUGUUCGGCAAAAAUAUUGAAACAAGCCGCGGGAAGUUUUUUGGCGUUUUUAUCUACAAAGAAAGCUCCAGUUUUUCAUUAUAAUCCUAAUUUUUUUCUGAAUUCGAACAGUACGUAUGUUAUUAACUAGUUUAGCCAAUGUUUUAGUGUGUUUUUACGAGGGGUGUAUCACUCAAAAAAAGCGUACGAGAUUUGGGGAUUUUCAAAAUCCCUCAGGGAUUUUUAGGGAUUUUCACGGAUUUUUAGGGAUUUUCGAGGGAUUUCAAAUAAAAAAAAUCCCAGAAAAAAAUCAACAACUUCACAAAAACUUUACUUUUACUUUAGUUUUGUACCAUUAUUAACACAUUAGACAGCUAGACUAACAUAGCGAUGACUGAAAAUACCAAAAAUAACAAAGAAUGUAAAAGUUUAAAUCUGACUGAACAGUAACACUCACCUAAACGUUAGAGGAUGUAUCACUCCAAAAAGACCUGACCUAUUCCUAGAAUGCUAAUUAUUAAGUAAAAAGUAAUAAUAAUAAUAGUCGUCGGCAGUAAUAAUAGUCGACAGUAUAGCUCCUGCCAAAUAAUGUAAACUUUAUUAUUUUGUUAAUGUAACUUUUGAAGAUACACUAUAGAAUAUCAAAGAUUCUAUUGUUAACAAAAACGUCUUUGCCAUAUAUUUGUACCUAAAAUAACCAAUCGUGGCACAGGCAUGCACAACAAACAAGUGAACUUAUUACUUUAAUUAAAAUCAAAGGUUAUUUUUGAGUGCCAGUUGGGUAAAACCUUCCGGACCACCUCUACAGGAAUAGAAAACGAAAACUCAGGAUUUUCUUGCAAGGAGGAGUCGUCAAUACUUCCAACAUAAUGCUUCAUGGAUAAAUAACCAGGAGUAAAAACGUUUUCGAUUGGUUUAAAAGUUAUUAAACCUCCGCUGGUAUUGUUUCCAGAAACAGCUCGGGUUCCUUGAAACCAGUUUGCCAGUACACCAAUGUUCUUAUGCGAAUCCUUUGUGAGAUCUACAUAGUCUGACGAGUAUUGUCUUUCUUUCUUGCUGCCAGUAAGGUAGGAAAACUGGAUAACUCUGCCAACUAGACACUUUUCACAGUCUACUCUUGAAAAGAAACAAAGAUCUCCACAUCGCACUGAUUUCUGUGGUCCUGUUUCUCUACCUGUGUUCGAAAAGAUGUGACUUGGCUGCUCAUCACGUACACGCAACAAGCGGUCGUUCGAAAGUUGAAAGUUUUCUUGUAAAAGAUACAAUCCCGUGGUUUUUCUGAUGUAUGUACCGUUAUAGGAGAAAAAAGGAAACUUGUGAUUUGAUCCAUCCUUUUUAUCCAAUUUGAAAGAUUUCGCUGACGUUUCAAUGCUCUGUGCCUGUGGAUUUACGAUCUUUUCGUAGCAAGGCAGUCCAGAGUUUGAUGCCUUUCUUAAUCGGAUUUGGGAAAGAUCUUCACAAAUUGUUACAACUUGUUCCCGUGGCAUUGGUAAGUCUCGCUCUUGAGUUGUUGUUGUUGUAGCGUCUGAUGUAGUCUCUGUUUGUAAAACAGUAAUUUCGCAAUUUUCAUCGUCGUUCACAAUUGCUUCUUGAACAAUGUUGUCAAUGUCCUUCACAAUUUUGCUAUCCUCGUAGGAAGCCAACUUCAUUCCACAAGCCGAACAGAGAGCUAUUGCAUUGUUCUUUGCUUUAAGAAUUUCUUUUGUUACAUCAUUGAUAUCUGGAACAGCAAAUGUGUCAGUAUGCUCGGCUUUGCUUUGCAGUAGAUGCUCUUAAGUCUGGGGAAAACAAUGUUAUCGUCCGUCUCUGCUGAAGUCAGAAACUGCAAUUUGUGAAUUUUCUCCAGAAUCCCUUUCAAUGAGAAAUUGACGAUUGUGGAAAAGGUCGGUGUCAUUGACCUUAGCAGCCUGAAAAGUUGCUCGCAGCCUUGUGAUCCAGACAACCAGAUUCGUAGUGCCUCUUCAGGAAAAUCUCUUCGGAUAACAUUGUAAACGAGGUUUAUCAUCAUAUGCCCAUUCAGUUCAACGCGAGGUUCAACGCAUAAGUAGGCAUUAUUUGUCACGAAAUAAUCGCUUUCGGUCAAACCCUUUUCUGACAACCAGCACCUCCAGAUUCUCAGAAAGAAAAUCGAGUUCCACAUAAGGUAAAGCCUUUUAAGUGGCGAUAGUGAUUUAUCAAAGAACGCGUCUCGGAUAUUCCGCAUUAACUGUAAGUAGAUAACCGUACCGGAUGUUUUAACAGUCGAUUAGUCGAAUGCAUUUCUUUCAAACAAUUCUCAACGCAUGGAUGGACGAGAAGGCCAAUGCUGGAAUAAUUUUGUUUGUCCUUAUUGUCAAUUGAUCUUUGGGUUAGUCCAUGGCUUGACUUUGGAAACUUUUUAAGUACUUCUACAAGAUGAGCUCUACAAGCUAAUUCCGACCCGAAAGAUAAGAUGUUGGAUGGUAUUAGCAAUCGAGUCCUCAAUUUAGCCAGAAGGUGUAUAGUGUCCUGGGAACACAAACCACUUGAUUUCAUUGACGGCAUCAUGUAGAACUACCACUCUGAGGGGACGUUAGACGUUUGACAUGUUUUGAACAAAUUAGUCCUGCAAACCAUUGCCUUUAAAAAUGGUCCUGCACCAUCUGCUCCACUAGAUACAACGAAAAUAUUUCGUUUACGUAACUCAGUCUCAAUUUUUUUCCACCGCUCCUCGACCACUUUAUGGUUAUACUUAGAGUCGGUCCCAAGCACAAAUAGAACAAACGAUGGUGCAUCUGAACUAACUGGUUGUGCUACUAUGCAGUGAGCAUAGGAAACUGUUGUUUUUGUAUUGUACACGGUUUCUAACUCUUCAAAUGUAUGCAGUACAAAUUCUUCAACACAAGGAAUUCCAUCUUUCAGGGGCAAACAGAACCCGACAAAUCUGUCAGUUACAGGAUCGUACUCUACCUUGUUUAUAAUUCUUGUAUCGUCCAGGUGGAUAUGAACAUACUUCGGCGCUUUCCAUUCUUUUAAAUGGUUUGCAAGCUCGUCGAAACGGAAUUCACCUUCUUUUAUCUUUUUCUUGCAUGCAAUGGUUCUGUGCAAUGUUGCAACAGCCGGUAAACCGCAGCCAAUAUUUACUUGGACCAUUUCGUAAGCGGCUCGUCCUACUAGGCAAAACAAAGAUGUUGCAAACUUCUUAAUUGUUUCAUCAUGUCGAUGGCCUUUGCUAGAUUCCUUCAUGCUAUUUCGUUCAGCGUUUUCAAAAAUCUUUCUUAAAAUAGGCCUCACAGACGCACUUUUCUUAUUACCACACAGUGUGUUAAUGUUCUCUUUAAUCUGAUCAUUUUGAUCUACAAAAUCUGAAAUCGUAUUUUCAAAAUAGUCUGUAAUUUUUCGUUGACCAGGCAAAGCUGACGCAUUCAUUAAAGCCCGCUGUUUUCGGUAAUCUCUACAGACCCAGCGGGCUGUUGCAAGUUUUUUGCACUCUCCUACAAAGGAAAAUAAUAGUUGACAAAUUUGGACAACAACAUUGUCAAUGUCAAUGACGCUAAUAAACGCAAAAUAUAUUACACGGUUUAGAAUAUAAUGUUUACUUUUUCUGAGAUUUCUCCUUCCUUGUCACUGUGGUUGAGGACUUCAUCUAUACCUAAAAAACAAGUAGUUUCACUUAUAUCGCGAGUGACAUAUUAUAUAUAGGAAGAAAUAGAAAAAGACCCCAGUUGGAUAAAAAACACAUUUAUUUGGUCACAAUUUCAUUAGACCUCAUCAUCAAUUCUCAUCAUUUCAUAUACCUGAGUCAUCUUCAUUGUGAGUAGAAACAAUCUCUCCAAGAAAAGAAUCAAUUUUUGCAACUUUCUGGGGUAUGGGACUUCUAUUAGGAUUUAGCCAGCAUCGUUUUGUGACAUGUCUCUGUGCAUUAGAUAUGGAAACAGCUCCCUUAUUCGUCGUUGGUAUGCAAUUUUUACUUGACAAACUUUGCAAACAUAGUGACAAUCUCUUGAAUCUUUCAAUUCCUAAACGGUAACAAUAUUUUACAUAAUUAUGUGUUAGCCUCAUAACGGCCAUUAUACUUGUAACCAGAGUAGUUCAGCUUUAAUUAAAAAACUUGUUUUAAAAUGCUUAUUAAUUUUGUAACGAUAUUGGGAAUGUUACUAAUUGAAGGAAUAUGCAUAUACAUAUACAUUCCGGCGACAGUGAGUGAGGCAGAGCAGACACCACCAUAGCCCAUAAGUUCUAACAAGCUCAGAAUGCUUCUGUUUAAUUAAAAUAAAGAUAUGAAAAAAGAACACUUACUGUAAUCUUGAAACUAUCAACUGGUUUUAAACCAACUUGGGGCAAUUUUUCCUUAGCUUCCGGUUGAUUAUGAAUCCAGUUAAGCAUCCGUUUAUGUAUUUCGCUGACACUCAGUGGUGGGCAGGAGCUUGUGGGUUUUGUCAUUGUGAUUUUCUUCGCAGAAUCUUUUGGGAUUUUUUUAGAUGACCUUUCUGACUUAAGUUUCUCCACAGCAUCAAGAAAUUUUGUUAACACUGGCUAUAAAAUUUAUGAACAUACAUGUUGAAAAAAUUGGGCUGCAUGCAGUACUUAAUCUGAAAACCAUUUACGUUUAUUUUAUUAUCUCUUUUUUUUCUCGAAAUUAAAUAACAAAAUCAUUCAAUAGUUUUGAUUUUGAAAAUUUGGCAUACAUUUUUGAAGAAAAAAAUCAAUACCAUUGUUGUCAUAGUAAGAGCAAUAUUUUUGAUAAAUAAUAACUCUUCGCUGUACAUUUAAAAGCAGAGAGCUACCUUGUGUUAUGUAUUCUCAUCAAUUACGUAGGAAAAAAAGAAAGAGAUAAUAUAUAGCAAGUCCCCAGGCACAGUGCGUUCCAGUGGGUUUUUUCUCGUUUUUCCGCGUAUAACAUUGAUAAAAAAUAUAUAUAAAAAUAUACGUACCUCAAGACCAGGUAGAAGCAUAACUUUUUCUGGACACUUGCUGAAAAUUCCAAACAUUGCAUCUUUCUCUUCAACAAUGUCUGCCAUUGUUUUGACAAACGAAAACAUUUUUUCAAUCUCGUCUUUGCUUUUUAGUUUAAGAACCGAAUCUAUUGUCUCAUAGCCGCUGAAUUUUAUUAUGUUUUUUAGAUAAGUUCCUUUUGAAGGAAACAUAUUCCAAAUUUCAUCAGGAAUAGCAUCUGUAGUUUUUUUAGGAUCUGUAGAAUCAAUUUCAAAAACCUCGUCAACCUCCAUUUUUAACGCAAUAGUUUUGGCGCGAAAUUAGUGCAUAACCUUACAUGAAGUAGUUGGAAUACUUAGGAUUUUUAGCGAUUUUUAUUGAUUUGCAGGGAUUUUCAGAGAUUUUUCGAGAUUUUUAAAGAUUUGAGGGAUUUUGAGGGAUUUUUCGAGAUUUUUAAAGAUUUUUCGAGAUUUGGGGGAUUCUUAAGGAUUUUUAGGGAUUUUUUUGAGGGGUGUACGAGAUUUUUUGAGUGAUACACCCCUCGUGUUUUUACGUAUUUACGUUCAGUAUUGUCUUUCAUAUUGCUCAAAAUUUUCAACUUGUUGUGUUGCAAACUGUCAAACUGAAAUGAUACUGUCUUCUAUAACUCUUGAACAGUAGUGAACUGUCGCCGAAACUUAUGUAAGUUCUAUCAAUCAAUUCAAUUCACAGGUAUCGUUUUAUCUGCUAAAUCAAAUAAAACAGUUAUGCACCUAUCAAUGUUUUCCCCCUGGGGGGGGGGGGGGUGCGGGCAACCCACGGGAAUUUUGACAUUUUUCAAAUUUUGUUGUCAAAAUCCCCACUGUUGGGCAAGGAAUGGCUGUCAAAAUUCCCCACUAUAUUCCUAAGAUAACAAGGCACACACAUGUUUUCUAAUGCGAACAUACAGUCUAUACUGGUUUAAACUUGGUAAAAAUUGAGACACUGUGUAUAAAAGGCUAUAAAAUAGGAGGUCGGGAAUCUUCGAGUUAAGCCCUUCGAGUUAAGCCCCUCGAGUUAAGCCCUUUUCGAGUUAAGCCUCGACCACGCCCUGUCUUGCCAUGACCACGCCCUUUUUCAAAAAGGGCUUAACUCGAAGAACGAAACACGAUUUGGGUUAUUCGAGUUAAGCCCCGGGGCUUAACUCGAAGUUUGACAAAAAAGUUGUUGCUCGAGUUAAGCCCCGACUUUUGAAGUAUGUCAACGAGUGCAAUAUUAAAUUGUCAAAUUUUCAAUACAAAAAAGCCAAAGCACAGAAAUUUUCCCAAAAAGAACUUAUAUAUCGCUAAUGUAAUACGAUUAUCAAAAACAAACACAACUAUUAUCGUAUUUUAGGUAUACUUUAGGUUUUUCAUAUUAAAUUAAUAUUAAAUUUAACAACAGGUAUAAAUUACUUUUAGUGGAUCGUUUAUCCACAACAAAACAACAAAACAAUAUUUUAAUUAUAAAGUAGAUAGAAUCUUAACUCGUUCCUUUUGUUUCAAUGUGCACAAUAUCGACAAAUUAACAGUUUUACUGUAACAAAAAAGGUACAACCUUCUCCCAUCACCUUGAACAAAACUAAUCUAUUAAGGCUAUUUUCCACUAGGCGGAAUUUUCCGCGCGGAGCGGAAUUUUUCUUUGUCUUGUGAUUUCUCGGGUGGAACUAAUUAGAAAAGACAAAGAGAAAUUCCGCUCCGCGCGGAAAAUUCCGCCUAGUGAAAAACGGCCUUUAAGAAAAUGAUCGAAAAUGACAGCACGUAAAAACUAAAGAAAAUAGGAGGAAAGGGAAGGAAUUUCGGUAUAGAAUGAUCUGUCUUUGACAACUUGCGCCCAGAGACUCACGCCUAGCCAAAUGGUUAUGAAUCACGAAUGGUUUCAUUUGGGUAAACAAAUUAUCACGGGGAUAAAUUGUUACAUUUGAGUAAAAUACCCAAAUGUAACAAUUUAUCCCCGUAAUAAUGGCGCUACGUCACCAUUUCGUUUAUAAAAUUACUAAUCGCUCAGGAAAUAUUCCCUUUUUAAUAAUACAAGUCAACGUAGCGCCAUUAUUACGGGGAUAAAUUGUUACAUUUGGGUAUUUUACUCAAAUAUAACAAUUUCUCCCCGUGAUAAUUUGUUUACCCAAAUGUAACCAUUCGUGAUUCGUAACCAUUUGGCUAAUAAAAUUACUGUACAUGUGCGUAUGAGGCGCGAGUCUCUGGGCGCAAGUUGUCAAAGACAGAUCAUUCUAUACCGAAAUUCCUUCCCUUUCCUCCCUUUUUCUUUAGUUUUUACGUGCUAUCAUUUUCGAUCAUGUUCUUAAUAGAUGUUCUGUUACAGUAAAACUGUUAAUUUGUCGAUAUUGUGCACAUUGAAACAAAAGGAACGAGUUAGGAUUCUAUCUACUUUAUAAUUAAAAUAUUGUUUUGUUGUUUUGUUGUGGAUAAACGAUCCACUAAAAGUAAUUUAUACCUGUUGUUAAAUUUAAUAUUAAGUUAAUAUGAAAAACCUAAAGUAUACCUAAAAUACGAUAAUAGUUGUGUUUGUUUUUGAUAAUCGUAUUACAUUAGCGAUAUAUAAGUUCUUUUUGGGAAAAUUUCUGUGCUUUGGCUUUUUUGUAUUGAAAAUUUGACAAUUUAAUUUUGCACUCGUUGACAUACUUCAAAAGUCGGGGCUUAACUCGAGCAACAACUUUUUUGUCAAACUUCGAGUUAAGCCCCGGGGCUUAACUCGAAUAACCCAAAUCGUGUUUCGUUCUUGGAGUUAAGCCCUUUUUGAAAAAGGGCGUGGUCAUGGCAAAACAGGGCGUGGUCGGGGCUUAACUCGAAAAGGGCUUAACUCGAGGGGCUUAACUCGAAGGGCUUAACUCGAAGAUUCCCGACCUCAUAAAAUACCUUUUUCGAUGAAACUUGAUCGUGCUUCUCCGCCAUACUUGUUACCAGGCCUUUCAAUGUCAAAACCGCGCAAACUUUCAAGAUGGCGGAUGUCAAAAUUUCCCGACUAUGGGAGUUGAUGCAUAGGUCAAAUUCCCCUCACUAGGGCUUCAUAGUGUGGUCAAAGUCCCCUGGGUCGCCCGCACCCCCCCCCCCCAGGGGGAAAACAAUGAUAGGUGCAUUAUGAGUUGUUUUAUAUGAAAAGUUAAACUUGUAGUUCGAUGUUUUGAAAAGUUUUCACACCGAUUUUAACAACAAAAACAAAUGUAAACUAACACUGGAUUUAAUACAAUGCGUAUAAUGGUGUUUUUUUAUUAGUAUUUUCAAGAUUAAUAUUUUAUUUUCAUGUCAAACAAAAUAUAAAUCGCACCACAGAAUAGGAAGUUAUACCAUAGGCAGCCCAAAACGGCGUAUAGAAUGCACCAAAAAUGCUUCCAAAUGUCAAUUUGCAUUAAGCUCGCCCCAUUCCUUUGUCAUUUGUCGCGCGCCGCAAGCACUCAAUUUGAAAAGCAGUGUUGAUAUAUAUAGAUUAUACCUAAGGUUGGCAACUAUAUCUCAACUGACGAAUAUACGACUUCGGCAAAACGCAAAAUACUUCGUAUACGUAAAUAAAACAUGAUAAAAAAUUAUACCACAUUGAACUCUGAUAUUUUUUCUACAUACCCGCAUAUAAAUUUUGUUUUCAAGACUGCAAGAAAGAUGAAAAAUUUGCACAAACGUUUCAUGGUCUGAUGAAAAUUUUGAUGUGACUAUGCGGGAUGCCAGAGGUUAUUUCAUUCGUCAUAUUUUUAAAAAAAUUAUGUGAUUCAAUUGGUUGAAAAAAUAAACAGUUCGUGACGUAUUUAUAGUAAAAAUUUGGUUUCAGGGGGGUUGAACUACAACAGGAAGACUGCUAAAAUACAAGAGCGAUUUUUUUUCGAAUAUGAAAUGGCGGAUUUUAAAAACUUUUUACAUCCAUCUAUAACUUUUAUCUACAGCAAAACAACCAGGUAACUUUUAGCUACAUGUACACGAAAUGUCAUGAAAUUCUGAGCAAUAAUGGCGAAGAAAAUGUGCUAUAAACAAGACGGCGAUAUGCGAACACGCUUCGCUGUGAACCUUGCUCGACAAAGUGUAUAUAGGUGAAUUUAUUUAAAGCGUUUUAAUUUAACUUGGUUCAAUAGGUUGGAUAAAUGGUUGGAUAUGUGUAUUUCACAAAAUAGGCUGCAAUUUGUAAGAGUGCUAGCAUUAUUUUUUUCCCCAGCAUGGAAUUUUGCAUUUAUAUAUAAAACAGCUUGUAUCAAAGUUCUGAAAGUUUAAUAUGUAUUCUAUAAUAAAAGCCUAAACAUCUCCCUAGUUUAAACUUUAAAGUAAAAGUUAGUUUUUAACAAAAACUAGUGACUGUAUAUAACUAUUACUGUGAAUACUGUCUUUACACUGAUAAUAAAUAAAACAGGGUAAAAUGUAAAUUUGUUUUGAUAUAAAAACAGUUUUAUAGUGAUAUAAAAACAGGUUUACAGAAUGGGCGUUGUGAAAACCCGGAAUGCCGGAAUAUCACGGAAUAUGGCGGAAUAUCACGGAAUAUGGCGGAAUAUCACGGAAUAUGGCGGAAUAUCACGACAUUUUCCCGGAAUAUACCGGAACAUCACAAUAUUUUCCGAUGGUAGCCAUGCGACUGUUUAUAAACAUGGGCGUCUGACAACAUAUUUUAUUACAAAAGUGAUGGAUCUUUCCCAUGUUGACGGUAUAAGUAACAAACAAUGACUCUAUACUGGAAGUUUAUAUCGGUUGUUUAUAUCAUUAUUACGAGUGUUCACCAAAAAUUUCGAAUCAAUAUGAUUAAUUCCUCUUGAGUUACAGCACCUUGAAGGCUCUUGAAAAACAAAAGUGCUGACGUCAGCAUUAUUUUCGAACUGUGUCAUACACAAAAUUUAGUUAAAAUUGACCAUUUUAUACCACCAAGCAUUUAUUCAAAAAUCAAAUUCUAAAAUAAAGGCAAGUUUGAGCCAGUUGUUUAUAUCAGGUAAGAAGUCCCAAGGGCCAAGGUAGAUGUGAAAUAGUCUAACAUAAUAAUAGUCUUUUUGUGUGAUACGCAAAUCAGUCUUAAUGAUUGCAGAGUUUUUUGUUGACACUCUAUUACAUCAGCCACUUGUCGUGCCAGCGACAACUAACGACCAAAUGGAAACUAGGCUUAACACAGUUCUGAAGGCGUUCGAAAAUAAUGCUGACGUCAGCACUUUUAUUUUUCAAGACGCCCCAAAGUUUCAAACUUACCGUCCCAAAGUUUCACCCACCGUUGCGACGCAGGCUAUAACUCACGAGGAAUUAAUCAUAUUGAUUCAAAAUUUUUAGUGAACACGCGUAAUAAUGAUACAAACAACAUAUAAAACUUCCAGUAUAGAGUUAUUAUUUGUUGCUUACCGUCAAAAUCCAUCACUUUUGUAAUAAAAUAUGUUGUCAGACGUCCAUGUUUAUAAACAGUCGCAUGGCUACCAUUGGAAAAUAUUGUGAUGUUCCGGUAUAUUCCGGGAAAAUGUCGUGAUAUUCCGGCAUAUUCCGUGAUAUUCCGCCAUAUUCCGUGAUAUUCCGCCAUAUUCCGUGAUAUUCCGCCAUAUUCCGUGAUAUUCCGGCAUUCCGGGUUUUCACAACGCCCUUACAGAAUUCACUUCGAAAUAUUCUUGCUAUAUAGCUAUUUAAAAUUAUAACUAGAAAUCCAGUACAAACACCUAUUUAAUACUGAACACUUGAUUACUAGGAAAACAUAAAUGAUCCAACCUAUUGUUCCAAGCUACAGUAUUAAAAACGCUAUAAAAUAAGUUCAUACCUAUAACUUUUCUGAGGUUCACAGCGAAGCGUGUUCGCAUAUCGCCGUCUUGUUUAUAGCACAUUUUCUUCGCCAUUAUUGCUCAGAAUUUCAUGACAUUUCGUGUACAUGUAGCUAAAAGUUACCUGGUUGUUUUGCUAUAGAUAAAAGUUAUGGAUGGAUGUAAAAAGUUUUUAAAAUCCGCCAUUUCAUCUUCGAAAAAAAAUCGCUCUUGUAUUUUAGCAGUCUUCCUGUUGUAGUUCAACCCUCCCUGAAACCAAAUUUUUACUAUAAAUACGUCACAAACUGUUUAUUUUUUCAACCAAUUGAAUCACAUAAUUUUUUUAAAAAUAUGACGAAUGAAAUAACCUCUGGCAUCCCGCAUAGUCACAUCAAAAUUUUCAUCAGACCAUGAAACGUUUGUGCAAAUUUUUCAUCUUUCUUGCAGUCUUGAAAACAAAAUUUAUAUGCGGGUAUGUAGAAAAAAUAUCAGAGUUCAAUGUGGUAUAAUUUUUUAUCAUGUUUUAUUUACGUAUACGAAGUAUUUUGCGUUUUGCCAAAGUGGUAUAUUCGUCAGUUGAGAUGUAGUUGCCAACCUUAGGUAUAAUCUAUAUAUACUGUAUCAACACUGCUUUUCAAAUUGAGUGCUUGCGGCGCGCGACAAAUGACAAAGGAAUGGGGCGAGCUUAAUGCAAAUUGACAUUUGGAAGCAUUUUUGGUGCAUUCUACACGCCGUUUUGGGCUGCCUAUGGUUAUACCAGAAGCAUAACUCUAGUCGUUUCCCUUAUUGUUUGACGUCCACGAAAAUUUUAACUCGCUCACGUCAGGCCACGCCAUCCUGGCUAGUACAGCCGGAAGUUUUUAUCAGGAUUUGGUAGGUACAAAGUGCCGGUUGUACUAGCCAGGAUGGCGUGAUUGAUGACGAAUCGCUUGUAAAAACGCGGACAAAUAUUUGCUCGAGUUACGCUUCUGGUAUAACUUCCUAUUCUGUUAUCACACGCUACAAUUUACACGCAUGCGCAGAUUGUGCUCAUGUCGAGUCGAUUUUUUAACAUGCUGGCCACGCCGAUUUUAGCGAUGAUUUUCUCGUGUUUUCUUCGGUGAACUUUUUUUAAACUUUGUAUUUUUGUUAUACAAGACGAGUGGUACAACGUAUCCAAAUAUUAAGAAAUUCUACAAAUAACUUUUUCUGUAACCGUCAUUCACGAAUAUCUCAGAAAAAUUCACCGAAGGAAAAUAUAGAUAUUGUCAAUUUAUUGUGAAAUUAGACAAUAAAAGUGCAAAAGAUUAAACAUCAUGGUUGCCAUGGCAACACGAACACUGUUUUAAUUUGUUCAUAAAUGGACAGCACACAGCUUCUGAACUUUCCUGGAAAUGAUCAUAAACCUUGUGGCAAAUCAUGUCAGCCAUAUGAUAUGUCACGUGCAUGGAGUGACUUUAUAUCUGAUAAAACUCAUUUUCAUUAGUAUUCUUUAAAUAAUUGUUCAUCCUAAUUAGUAUGAUUAUAUAAUAUAAAUUCGGUUCAAAGCGAACGUUACUGAAAAUACCUAGAAUUUUAGAGAACUGUAGGGAGCCACCAUAUUAGUUCGCCGAUAGGUCAAUCGAGUGGAGAUUUAAAUUAAUAUAAGCUACAUUUUGCAAUAUAUUUCGCUAAUUUGUGAUUAUUUUCGUUAAAUUUUAUAAUUUCAUUGUAGUUUUAAUUUGAAUUCAGUCAUUUAGUGGGCUGCCUAUGGUUUUGGGCCAAAUUUUUCUGUGAACCUUGCGCGAGAUUUUCAGCCAAAAAGAUGAGGAUUUCUCCAAACUUUAUUAAAAAUAGAAGUCGGAAAUCACAAGAAAGAUGAACACGGAACACAAGUGAGCAGAUACGAUUUUUUAAAGGGUAUUUUUGAGUAGAAAUAUGCGAUCAAACACUCACAAAAUUCGACUUCAUUAUUGUUGGUUGAAUCUAGUUUAAAGUUAUCUUUUUAGACGAACUGUUUAUGCAAAUUUGGGCACAAUUUCGACUGUUUUCGUGACCCCAUUGUUGGUCUUCUUGUUCAAGUUGUUAUUUUAGCUAAAGUAUGUUUCAAACGACACCAGAUUGUGCAUACGUGACCUUUUUUGACCUUUUUGGCAAGAAUACUUCGAGUAUUAAAUUACACUAAAUAAGUAGGAUAUUCCAAAGUCACUGUUAUAUCUAUUUUCAUCAAUUUAGUCUUAAAAUGACAACUCGUUUCAGACAUAUUGUGGUUUAAAAUAAGUGUAUUGAAUAAACGCCGGCUUGCUUGCCGUGUGCGAAUUCUCAAAAAGUCCGCACUUGAGUUGUAAAGCUUUCAAAAUGCUUUUUUACUGGUUUUUAUAUCCCCUAUAAAACUUUAAAUCGAUAAAGCAGAUAAUAAUGUUGAUGAAACAUCAUUUUCCAGUAACUACACACAGAGGCGAGCCAGGCCGGGGGCCCCGGCCCCCCCCCCCUGGCAAAAUUUUGGGGGCCCCUCUGAUAGAAUGUAUUGUGUAAAAAAGGGAAUCCUUGAUUAUAUAGCUUCAUGCUGUCAAUAAUACUAAUAUUCUGUAGAAUAUAUGCUUUGCUGCGCAUCAGUGUGAAACCUACUGUAAAAUCUUGUUCGCUUAUUUGCGGCACACAGCUUGAAACAUAUACGUUUUCUAACCUUAAUUAUUUCAAUAUGUAUUAAAUGUGGGUUAGAUGAAGUUUAACCCAAUCUGGUUUUUUUACCAGUGAAUGUUUAACGCGGGCUUGGUGAAAAAUCACAUGUGUCGACAAUUAAUUUUACCCAGCACUGCACAGAAUGUCUUGCGCGAACUUUGCGUCUCGCAUGGGCGUCAAUCCUGGGGGGAUUGGAGGGAAGCGUACACUUUGGCAAAUCAUUCCAAACUGAAACGGCAGAAUAGGUAAUACUUUUCUUCAUAAAAUUAGUUUUUGGUUUCUUUAAAACAAAAUUGUUGUUGCGUAAAUUAUGAUUUGAGUUGUUUUUCAUUUCAUAUUUACCAAUCAUUGAUUGUGGCAGUUUAAUAUUAUUUUUAACGUUGUAUGCAAACAUUGCUUUCUUUUUUCGUAACUACUGCCAGUGAUUACUCGUGCCGCUCUGUUUUGUAACUUUUUCAGGGUUUUUUUAAUAAAUAAUCCGUGCAUUCAUCCCACACAAGGCUGCAAUAAUCAAAAUGGGACAAAACUAUUGCAUCAUAGACUUUAAUUAAUGUAGAAGUAGAUACAUAUUCUUUAAUUCGACGUAGGAUACCUAUGCCCUUAAAAAUCUAUGCCCGUAGGAUACCUAUGCCCUUCGUGAUAUUAUCGAUCUGUGUGUUCUAUGUUAAAUGAUCGUCAAUUACAAAGCAUACCACCGGACCUUCCUAAUUUUGAGUACUAGUCCGUCUCGCCCCCACUUUUUGGGAUGGAUUGACGACCUUGGCGUCUCGAGUCACUGGCGGUUUGGCCCCACCUGGGUUUUUGCUGCCCCCCCCCUGACCAAAAAUCCUGGCUACGCCUCUGACUACACAUUGAAUCAGAAGAAAAAGUUAUCAAAAUAGGUCGCGACGAUUGUUUGGCAAAAUGUCGCUUCUCUCUGAAAUGGCUUCCUUUGCGAGAAGCCAUGAAAUUGAAGUCCUAACAAAAACUAACCUUAGCAGUUCCUUUUGGGCCCAUUGCUCACUUAUUUAUCAUGAAAUCGCUUCACUAGAACAUUUUUAAUACUGUCUAUGAAAGACUUUGUAAUUUUCUGAACUAAAAGUUUAUGGUUUCACUUUCGAGGUGUUUAUUUUAUAAAAUAGCACGCGCGACAAAAGGGCCCUUUUGUGGUUUCUCACGUCUGACAAACAACCAAAGAUGAAAGUCCUUAUUUCACCUUUGUGAGUAUAUAGAUAACAUUUCUACACAAUAUUCCUUAUGUGAAGGCUUAUUUCAAACUAAAAAAAAGCGAUUGUUUUUCAGAGCCAGACUUCAAAAGAGAACGCGUGUCUGACAUUUUAUAGCAGCCUACAUUGGCGCGCAAUAUAAUUUUGGCUAAAAACCGUUGCUUUUCCAACAAAAACAUGAGAAAAAUGAGCUAAAAGUCUUACCUGAUGUAUGUUUAAAAUGUUUUUCUUCUUAUGGUGUUUUUCAGUGCUUUGAGUAGAGAGGUUAAUAUCUUUUGGUUUUGUCACCACAAUUUGCCUUUGAAAAUGUCGGCUGUCAUUGUCUGUGUUAAAAACACCUCAGAAAAUUCCUAUUUUCUCACAAUCCCAUCCUUGGUUUAUAUUGAAAAUAAAUAGAUUCUAGUACCAUAUGUCCUUAUAAAUAUAUUUGAAGUAAUUAAAAACUUGAAAGAUGUACAAGCACUGUGUUUUGGCUUGCACACUUUGUUGAAUUUGAACACUUAGUUACUGUUCUAAUUUUCAUGUUGUAAACAUCUUGCCCAAAAAAGCAAAGGAGUAUAUUUUAUAAUUUUUGAUCAUUUUCUAAUUCAUAUCCCAAUAGAUGAAAAUUGGUUAUAAAAUAGAUAUGUACUAAUUUAGUGAAUAUUUUUUUUUUUUUGUUUUUAUAUAAAUUUAUGGAGAUAUUGCCCGACAUGAAAAUAGUGACAUGAAAAACAAAAUGUCACUGCUUUACAAAUAAAAAUUCUCAGUGAAAAAACUAAUUAUAUAUAUAUAUGUAUGCAAGUUCAUUUAAACUAAAUUUGGUCAAUCGUAUAUCAAUAAUAUUUGGUUGAAAAGACCAGAUUUUUUCAUGCAACUGUUUCUGAGAUAUUGCCAUUUUGGUGAAAGCACUUGAAUUCAAUCACGUAUUCGCCAUUUUGCUUGUCCACUUUGGGGGUAGAAACAUUGUAACAGCUUGCGCGUUAUAUGUUAAACAUGCUUUUUACUAAUUCAGGGUAUUAGUCAGAAAAACAUUUUUGUCCGUUUAACGUAAAUUGGGAAAGUUUUUUUGACCGAUCAAAGUCCUUGUGUACGAAUAAAUAGUGUUUUUUUCCAACAUGUUUUUCCUCAGAUGCAAACAACGGUAGCUUGGUUUUGUACAUUUCAUUUCCGGUGAAUGAACACUGAAAAAUGUACCUGAUGGUACUUCGUUUUGUACAGUGUGUAUCAAAAUAAUUCGAAUCCAAAUUUGGCGUGUAAUAACGCAGAAUAUAUUUGACAAAUUCGGUUGGUUUUUACACCAUUGUUAAGUUCAUUUAUUUAUCUUUCAAAUGACAUGCUGUACGCGUCAUUUAGUUGGAAAAUGAAGGAGUAUUGCUUUGACAAAAAAAGUCCAUAAAAAUCACAAUUUUCCGCCGAUGGGAAUUGGACAUUUUUUCUUUCAAAGUUAGUCCCACAAGGCUUUGAAAUGCUAAUCAUCGCUGAAAACUAAAAUGCAAAUUUAACCGAAUUUCUUCUCGUUCAACAUGUUGAAGGCAUAGGAGCUUCUUGAACACGAAUUUAUGUAAAUUUUGCUACAUAACAGUUUGUUGAUUAAUUAAAUUUGCAUUAUCUUUUGUUUGUACGUCUCACUUCGAAUUCCCAUCGGCGGAAAAAUUUGAUUUCUAGCAACCAGUUUUAACACACGAUUUUUUGGUCAUUUUUUAUCUUAUUGAUAUAAGAACGAUAUAAUCGGAAACCUAGUAGGCUAUUCUUUAUUGCCAUAUAAAAAUUAUAUGGUUUACUUUAGUAUUUUAUAAACAGCAGUCUGUCAAAUUUGGAUUCGAAUUAUUUUGAUACACACUGUAUAUUUCAUUUCCCGUGAAUGAACACUGAAAAACACGGAUGCACACCGAUUACACAGUUUUGUUUUGUACAUUUUAUUUCAGUGAAUACACACCCAAUAUGAAUGAAACGCGAUACAUUUUGAGAAAAUAGUUAAUAGGAAAAAGUAAAUAAAACGUUCUUUGAUAUAAUAAUAUAAAAUCAAACGCAAUGCACUUUCUCAUCAGAGAAAACGAAAACCUUCCAGUAGACCCAGUUGGGAAAGCCCCUUACCUACUUCAACUGGGAAGAGUCUGUCAAACGGACAGUAUAUGGGUUAGCUAACACCCUGUAAUUUACCAUAUGGGAAAUCUAUAAUAACCAAUAAUGGUUCUCAAGUUGUUAUUGCAAUUUGUAACACUACAGUGAGAGUUACGGAAACUUAUUUGGAUGGGAUAAGGAAUACUUAUGGUAACCAAUAUGAGAAAAAAAUGUUAGCAAUCGUGUUGAGGCCUAACAAUCGUGUUGAGGUUGGCCUUUCUUUCUACUGUAUGUACACAGUAAGUGCAAGCGUCAUUUGUGAAUUUUGAAGUGAAAAUAUCAGUUGAAGUGAAAACAAGGGCCAAUAUGAAUAUCGAUUAACAGAGUAUCGGUGAAUUUCCAUAUUCAUUUGGUGCAUUAGUCAUCACUACUAAGAUUUAUUAAUAUUUUUGCCCUCUGGGGGGGAGGGGGGUGAGAAGGGGAAUUAUAAGCAUGAUUUCAGCACAAGUUAAUUGUCGAAGUGUCUACCCCAGCCUGGGGUACCCAUCCCAGAGAUGCCUGAUGACACAUGCACAGGUUUUUAGCCAGGGUCCUAAAAGAGGGUGUCCAAUUUUGGUACAACGAUACAUCUACAGUGAAGGGAGGGGGGGGGAGAGGGAGAGGGUUUGAGAAAACGUUCCUCUGGAAAAUCUUUGAAGUUUACGUUACUUCAUGUCAGUAUCUGUUCCAAGCUCGUUCGAAAUUUUUCAAACACACUUGGCUUCGUGAGUUUGUGCCGCUAUGCUUCUUUACUUAACUAUGACAUUUUCAUUCAGCCAGGUACACCAUCAAACUGAUCAACAUGUCAAAUGUAUAAUAAUAAUGAGAAUUGAAGCUAUUUCGUUUCAGAUAUAUUAAUAUACUUAGGGAAAUAAUUGAAAAUUAUUUCCCUUUCCCCAGUGGCGGAUCCAAAUCCCCCCCAUUUUGCCCCCCUUAAAAAAAAUUAUUAGUCGCUAAGAGCGACUAAAGGCCACACAAGCGUUUUGUCGUUAUCGGAAAAUGUAUGGCUUAUAAGUUGUCAUUACUCAUUAGUGAAUGCGCGUAUACAUGAAACUGUUUUUUACAGUUUCAAUAUUAGUUUGUAAAUCUCUGAAUGGUAAAACUUGCCAAUACUCCAAUAAUACGUUUCAAAAAAAGACAAAAAAGCUUUAGUUUUGCAGAGUUAAAUUCUCAAACGUGUAAGGCAAUAAUAAGAUGAAAGUAUCACGAAAUUAUUUGAAUAAACCACAUCGCAUAUAUUGGGGGCGAAUGUCCUAAAGAGGGGCGAUAUUCCUAGGGUAUUCGCCCCACUCCCCUGGGAGGCGAUAUUCCUAGGAUAUUCGCCCCCCGGGGGCGAUAUUCCUAGGAAUAUCGCCAUGUUUUGAGGGGGGGGGAAUUUCCUGGGGGGGGGGCGACCUUUUUAAAAAUUCUAUCUUGCCCCCCCAAAAUUUGAGUUUGCCCCUCAAAUGCCCCCCCAAAUUUGGAAGCCUGGCGCCGCCACUGCCUUUGUUACAGUGAAAUACACAAAUUCUUCAAGUUAACUUCUACAUAUACAUCCAAAAUCAUCUCUGCACAUGUGUUCAAUAUUUUCUGAUUUAAAAAAAUUCAAACUGCCACGCAAAACGUCAAAUUCACUUUUGAAAACCCACCCACCCACUCAAAACGUCAAAAUGACGUUUUGCGUGGCAAUUUGAGUAUGGAUGUCGCCCCUUACUGCAUAGAGAAAGUGGUUAUUACCCAUUUUUUGCACGGUGUACGCGACUAAAUUACUUAUAUUCUUUUAUACAAACAGCCCUUUUAGCCUGUUUUCCGCUUCAGCUGUAUCGUAACCUACCGUAGCAUUUUUUUGUGUCGAAGUCAUUAGUUCCACACCAUCGCUCAGGAAACAAAGAAAUACGCUACGUUUCGGUACGAUACGCGUUUGCAACGUUUUAACGUAGUUUAAGUUAUGAACCAUGAAAAUGAUGAAAUAACGUAACGGUUUGAAUAACUAUGGCAUACUAGAAUGCCCAAGGGAGUACAAUUUAUAGUCCUUUUGCUUUAGUGUAAAAAUUCUUUUGUUGAUGAACAUGUCUUCAUUGACGUUGCAAUUGUAAAUUUCCAUGAGAAGACGUUUCUUUAUAAACUUUUUCUCAAAAAAUGCACGUUUUUUCAUUUCAGUUCAUGCACUUACUACACAAGGCAAGUUUAUCGAUGUUAUGGAGUACAUCACAGAGUACAAAUUAUCAAGUACAUUGGAUGAAAUCCACUGGAAUUUCUACGAGGAAGAUGCUGUAGUUAAGGUACGAUGUGGCUCUGUAUUUUUUAUAACAGUUUAGGGGCUUCGGUGCCAGAAAUUCGUGGGUUUCACUCUCGCUGUGGACUCGUGAUAUACUUAAGCAUGUCAGAAGUUAAGACUCUCCGACCGAAAGUCGUGCUCCGGUUUCUUUCCACAGAAAAUGUUGACGGGGUGGGCUGGGGUUAGUCCCUAACUGAUCUUUCCACCGUAUCCGUGAUCAGACACGAGUCGUGUGGCUCAACCCAGAGGCACCUUUAGAAAGCCAAGCAGUUUCAAUUAGCCUUUCUCACGCCGCCAUUUUUGGGUGGCAUUUCAGCCGAAGUCUGCGAGAUAAGUCCACAUAACAGCGACCUUUUAUAAUUUUUUGGACGAAUGAUGGUAAAUUUGCUUUGUAAAUGGUUAGUUUAUUUUGAAAAAUUGCUUUUCACAUUGUUUUAAUUGCCUGCAUUGGAUAAUGAAAAUUUGAUGCCACCCAAAAAUGACGGAUAUUCGUCAUCGUGAGAAAGGCUGCUACGUAAUUCAGUUUAGCUGCAAGUAGUUAGCACACUCCCACGUACUUUUAUGAACAGAAUCUUCGUUUUGCCCACCAGUUUUUUGAAUACUGGGUGGUCACACCCGAACUCCUCUUCUUGGUGCGAUCCAGUCUUACCUAUUUAACUAUCCUAAUCAACAUUUAAUUUCCACUUUUUUACGAUUUUAGCUUUUUCCUGCAAACACGAACUGUCGCUGUUCUCAUAAGAACUUCGUGAAAUCAUUCUUGGCCCUAUCUCUUAGAGUCGUACCUACGAACUGGGUGGGCAGGCCAUGCCUGAGAAUUGAAGUGUUUGGAGUUUAUAAAGGUAUUCUAAUAGCAAUGUAAUCAUUACUGUGACAUAAGAUGUGAUUGAUCGUGAAGAUAUGUUUUGAUUUCAGGUAUUCUUAGCGUACAUGCUCGUUCCGGUACUGUGUUCAACAAAGAAGGAACUGUUGUGACCCGUCAAAGUUCUAUUAAGGUUUGUUGUGUAUCAGUUUUAAAGUGUUCUUCCUAGAGGUCUGGUAAAGUGCAUCUGUUUAAUAUUGAUCCAGUGUUACUACAGGAGGAAACCUAAACUAAACUAACUUUAUUUAUACUGGAUAAUUCUAUCAGUCUUAAACUGUUUUCCCUAGAGGUCUGGUAAAGGGCACCUGUUACUGAUCCAGUGUUACUACAGGAGAAAGCCGUAUUGUUCGGGGAAAACUGCGAGGUUUAGUUGAGUAAAAGUGAAAGUACUUUUCUUACCUGCGACUGAGAUUAUAAUCAAACGGUCCAUGCACAUCAAUAUUGAACUUAACAUAAAAGUUACUGCUGUGUGUAUAAAUUUGCUAUUCUUUAUUUAUAGUUGAACGGAAAAGAGGUCAUCGAUACACAGACUGGUUAUAAUAUUGUCGUAGCGAGUUCCAUCACUGGCGACGUAAAAACGUCAAUUACAUUAAACCCAUCAACAGAUCUUGCGCAGCUCAACAAUUUUCUAAGAAAUAUUACAGAUCAUUCAGUAGUUGUUGUUGCCACACAAAACGUCAAAGAAUUGUAAGUCUUUAGACUUCCGCAGCCCGCAAAAACUAUACCACUUCUAAGCUGCUCUCUCUAUAGGUACAGUGAGGGUCAUCCCUUGUUGAUUUCACAGGAGGAAACCGCAGUACCCAGAGAAGAGGGUCUUAAUGGGGGUCUUUGGGUGUCAGUUGUCAGCUAAAAUUUAAGCCAGUUGUCAGUUGUCAGUGCGAUAUAUUGCAAGGUGUCAGUAGUCAGUUACUGCAAAAAUGCUGACUCAUCAUUUUUUCAUCAUUUCUCAGUUGUCAGUUAGGAUAUUUUGUCAGUUGUCAGUCAAAAAUUCAGGCAAAUGUCAGUAGUCAGUUAACCCCAUUCAGACCCUCAGAGAAAACCUGUGGUCAAGACCGCUGCGAGUAGCCUUUAUUUGUGAUUUUGUGACAGAGUUGAAAUGGCCAGGCAUAUUGCAGGAAUUGCACCUCAGACGUGAAAACGCAAUGCCGAUUAACACUGUAUAUAAUAUACUUCUAAAAUUUCAUGUCUUCUGACUCAUUUAGGCCUCCAGACGAAACUUUGCUUCUUCUAGAGUCACUUGGUGCAAUCAGAUUACGCUACUCCGUGACAUCUGAAUCCUGGAUACUUGUUGGAUAUAAAGGAAAGCAACAGGUUCACUGGAUAACAGAGAAAAUUGGAAAAAUUGAGGAAGCUGUAAAAGUUGCAGUAUUUGUACCCCUUAACAGAAGUAAGCCGGCUUGGUUUUCAUUACUAUUUCCAUAAAGCAGUAUACUAUGAGUUCUAAAAGAGAGCUACUUGAUUUUAUUCAAUAGACCUUAUGCAUAAUGACGUCACAAGGCUUGAUGCCGGCGAGGAAUGCUGGUCUUAGUAGUCAUCGCCUAUGGUCAUCGCCCGGGAAAAUAAAACAAUUCAAAAUGGCCACUAUCGAAAUUUUUCCAGGUGAUGACUGCUAAGACCAGCAUUCCCCGCGGGCAUCAAACCUUGUGAGGUCAUUAUGCAUAAAGUCUAUUACUUAAUUUACUUGUAAAUUAUUUAUUAUAUUUGAUAUCAAGAUCUAGAAUGUAAGUUGUCCCUUAACCGCUUCCUGGUUAAGUUCUCUUCCAUUUUACAAGUAAAGAAGUGUUUUAUCUGACAUUUACUUAAGAUAGCCUACUGGAUAACUUAAUAUUAUACAUUACUUUAUGGUUUCCGUAUUUGGAUGGCCUGAUCCAAACACGCAGGAAUGUUGCUAGAGUUAAGAAAAGCGUGCUUCAGUGUUACUACAAGAACUCAGUGUUACUACAGUACCCCUUCCCCCCUAAAAAAAAGCCAACUUGUGGUGUUUGCUAGUGUUGAACGGUAAAAUUUCAUUAUCGAAAUGUUUAAUAGUACAUGCACUAAUUACCGUGUCUCCAACAUCCUUGUUUUAUCAACAUCAAAUUAACGUAUAUUCUAUGAUUAGGGAACCUAAAGCCCAAGUAUGAAGAAUACUUUCAGAACCCUGCAAAUGAAAUCACGGAACCUGGCCUGUCCCUUGAGGGACGCCACUCAGAACUGCUUUACAAUACCAAUUCAAGGUGUGGAAUGAAUAACUCUGAUUGUCAAGAAAAGCUAUCACUGGCCAUGUGGAUGAAAUGUGACCUUUCAAAAUACACGAAACAGACAGCAAGCUCAUCACACAGAGGUAAUUCAUGUUCUUGGUAUCGUUAAUUACUGAGUGUGAACUUAGAAAUAAAUUCAGUCGUUAUUAUAAUUGUAUGAUACACAAAGAACUAUUAUAUAAUAUACAAAGUACGCCACAUCAUCAUCGUCAUCAGCACCUAUAACCAUUACAAUUAUCACCACCGCCACCAGCACAUAAUCAUCAUCGCUACCAUCAUCACCUACCAUCAUCAUCACCACUACCAUCAUCACCUACCAUUGCCAUUAUUACUACCAUCACCACUAGUAUCAUCACUACCAUUAUCACCUACUAUCAUUAACCAUCACCAUUAUUACCACCACCAUCAUCAUCAUCAUCAUCACUACCAUCAACCAUCACCAUUAUCACUACCAUUAUUACCACCAUUAUUAUCAUUACCAUCAACCAUCACCAUUAUCACUUCCAUCAUCACCACCAUCAUCAUCACUAUCAUCAACCAUCACCAUUGUCACUACCAUCACCAUUAUCACUACCAUCACCAACCACCAUCAUCAUCAUCACAACCAUCAAUCAUCACCAUUAUCACUACUAUAACCACCACCAUUAUCAUCAUCACAACCAUCAACCAUCACCAUUAUUACUACCAUCACCAACCACCAUCAUUAUCAUCACAACCAUCAACCAUCACCAUUAUUACUACCAUCCAUCACCACCAUCAUAAUCACUACCAUCAUCAUCAUUAUCACAACCAUCAACCACCACCAUUAUUACUACCAUCACCACUCAGCAUCAUUAUCAUCACUACCACCAUCACCUACCAUCAUCACCACUUUCAUCAUCACUUACCAUCAUCACCUACCAUCGAUCAUCACCUACCAUCAUCACCUAUCAUCAUCAUCACCAUCAUCUCCGCAACACCGUUACGACCAUUACCAUCAAUCACCAUGUUUGAAAGUGAUCUAUCUUUGUUUUUCUAGAACGUUUCGUGUUCAAGUACUACUCCAGUGGGUUUAACUUCGUCGUACCAAAACAAACCAUGUACUGGAACGAUGCUCGGGCGUACUGCCAAGCAAUACAAGCCGACUUAGUCGUUAUUCCAGACGAACACACAUUGAAUUUUCUUGCAGAUCUUUUUGGACGGGAAGGCUCUGAUGGAUUUCAUAUAGGUUUAAGGAGACAUCCCGAUAAUUUGCUUCUUUUUCGUUGGGUCGACGGUUCUAGUUUAGUUUUUACGCGUUGGAGAAUUAACGAACCCAACAAUAUUGCUGAAGAAUGUGCGGCGAUAUAUGCGGGAACAUAUAAUGAUAUAUCGUGUGAUGGCAAUCCGAAACGUUUUGUCUGUCAGCAGCCAAUUGAAGGUUAGCUUCGUUGUAUUUUUGUUAAAUUUUACUGGAUAUUAGUUCUAAACUGUUCUUCUCUUCUACAAAAGGAAACGUAAACUAAACUACAUUAUUAUAAUGGAUAGCUCCACCAUUUCUAAACUGUUCUCCCUAGAGAUCCCGUAACGCUAUUCCUUAUCACUACAGUGUUACCUCUAGAAGAAACUGUACUCGGAAAAAGCUGUUGUGCUUAAUGAGUUGCAAAAAACUUCGUUUGCUCAAUUAACUUGUUUAUAACUCUAAAAAAGACAAUUUUUAGUUUUUGGCAAAUCUACCUGUGAUUGACCAAACAGGUAACUAAAAGAGGUCGGAUCACGUUUCACGUGAAGAAAAAUUACCACUUCAUGAAAAUUAGUAAAUUUCGUUUAGUUUAAUAAAUUUCCCCCUGUAAAAAUACUGCAGGAGUAAAGCAUGAUCUUGACUAUAUAUACUUCUUGGAAGGAGAGUUCAGAACUGACACAGCUAUUCAGAAUAGAUAGCGUGAAUAACUGAACAAUAAUAGAUUUAAUGUGUGAAUAAAGUGAAUAAUAACAAUAUACAGGACAUAGUCUUAACAUUUUGUAAACUCAAGACUUAAGCUGUAUUCAAACAUGACUUUAUUUCAAAGUCAUUGCCAAACCUGAAAUAACUUUGAAAUAUUAAAAGUCGAAGUUUUACCUUGAAUUUUGUUGUCUUGUUUAAAUAGUUGUGUGUUUCAUUUUAUAUUUUGCGAAAUUGUCUGCUGGUUUAAAGGUAAUUGUUUUAACCUUACAAUAAAAUUUUUUUGUUUCAGAUCUCACUGGUCUCGAACCGCUGGGCAUGGAGAAUGAUUUUAUUCCUGAUAGUUCAAUCUCGUCCUCGUCAAUAUUCAACAUUUAUCAUAACAACUACUAUGCCCGACCAAACACUCAGAGAAAUAAUCCUCGAAGCUGGUGUGCAAGUGGAAGCGACAGAAAACCUUACUUCCAAGUGAAUCUUGGUGAAAUAAAGUCUGUGUGUGGUGUGGGAACUAUGGGCCGUGGCUCUAUUGACUCUAAUUAUGGCUACCCCAUUUCGUACUCGGUUCAACUCAGUAAUAAUUCCUUUAACUGGACAUUUGUGAAGGAGGACAAGAAUGAAAACGUCAGUAAACAUUUAUCAACAUUUUUAUUUUAGCAACAUAGUUGCACAGAGUAAGUACAUACAGAGCUCUCAUUUCUGUGAGAAAACCGUAAGGUAGUUUAUAUUGCACAUACCAUGUUCUUAGCAAGUGCCAUAAAGAGAGGCAUUCACCCACCCCUGGAACAUUAAAUUUCAAUAUGUUUUCAGUGGGGGGUACUUGCUAAGAACAUGGAGGACAGAAAAGUCCCUUACGUUAAAUUGUAAAACCUCUGUAUGUGUUUACUCUGUGAUAGCAGUUAGUGUUUAUACCUUUCACCAUUGAGAUCAGAGUUCGAACCAGACAUAAUACUACAACAGUACAGUUUUUCAAUGGUGGGUGUCAGCAUAAUGUACAUUUCAUCACUGAGAUCAGAGUUCGAACCAAACAGUACUACAGUAGCCAACCGUUUUUCAAUGGUGCACGUGGAUAUCAGCACAAUGUACAUUUCACCACUAAGAUCAAAGUUUGAACCAGGCAUAGUACUACAGUACAGUUUUUCCAUUGUGGAUGUCAGUACCAUGUACAUUUCACCACUAAGAUCAAAGUUUGAACCAGGCAUAGUACUACAGUACAGUUUUUCCAUGGUAGAUGUCAGUACAAUGUACAUUUCACCACUAAGAUCAAAGUUUGAACCAGGCAUAGUGCUACAGUACAGUUUUUCCAUGUUAGAUGUCAGUACAAUGUACAUUUCACCACUAAGAUCAAAGUUUGAACCAGGCAUAGUACUACAGUACAGUUUUUCCAUGGUAGAUGUCAGUACAAUGUACAUUUCACCACUAAGAUCAAAGUUUGAACCAGGCAUAGUGCUACAGUACAGUUUUUCCAUGGUAGAUGUCAGUACAAUGUACAUUUCACCACUAAGAUCAAAGUUUGAACCAGGCAUAGUACUACAGUACAGUUUUUCCAUGGUAGAUGUCAGUACAAUGUACAUUUCACCACUAAGAUCAAAGUUUGAACCAGGCAUAGUGCUACAGUACAGUUUUUCCAUGGUAGAUGUCAGUACAAUGUACAUUUCACCACUAAGAUCAAAGUUUGAACCAGGCAUAGUACUACAGUACAGUUUUCCAUUGUGGAUGUCAGUACAAUGUACAUUUCACCACUAAGAUCAAAGUUUGAACCAGGCAUAGUACUACAGUACAGUUUUUCCAUGGUGGAUGUUAGUACAAUGUACAUUUCACCACUAAGAUCAGAGUUCCUGCAAUAUACAGUUGACAUCUGAGCAUAAUUUGGCGCCAGUCACAUGUGAGAACUGAAGAGUACUUCCAGUUUGAGUUCACGAAACAUCGCAGAUUUUCUUCAAGUAUUCCGAUUUCCUCCUGUAGUAUCACUGCACAAAUAAGAGAUGAUCCGUACUGGACCUCUAGGAGAAACAGUUUAGAACUGUUAGAGCUGUUUAAUAUAAAUACACGUAGUUUAAGUUAGGUUUCUUCCUGUAGUAUCACUGCACAAAUAAGAGAUAAUCCGUACUGGACCUCUAGGAGAAACAGUUUAGAACUGUUAGAGCUGUUUAAUAUAAAUACACGUAGUUUAAGUUAGGUUUCCUCCUGUAAUAACGCAUGAAUAAUUAUGGAUUACCCUUAUUGAAUUUAUGAAGAGAACAGUUCAGAACUAAUAUAGGGUAUAACUUUUAUUUUUAUUUUACGAACUUCCAGAAAAAGGGCCUUUGCUCGAAACAUCGAAUUGCUCCUUGUAUUUGUCAGCUAGUUGAAUUCCUACUAACGAAAGUUUUAAUUUUUAUUUUAAGGUAUUUAAAGCGAAUGAAGAUAAGAAUACGAUGGUAAUCAAUCGUUUUUAUCAAGCAUUUCUGGCGCAGUUUGUUAAAGUGAAUUUUCUCACUUGGAACAACCUGCACUUACUUUGUGCUCGAGUAGAAAUAUUUGCUUGUAAAGAAGGUAUGAUGACACUGUGCCAAAUUUACUGCAUACUCUAUAUACUGUCACUUCCUCACACUAUUCUCUCGUCUUGUUUAACACUUUGCAAAAUAAUGGUGUGAUCUAGUCACAAUCCAUUGACCGGAAUGUUCCAUUGUCUGCGGAAAUCCUUGCAAUUUGUUUUCACUGUUUUGACACACAAGUCUCAUUUUAUUAUCCACGCCGUCCAUCUAUCAUAGUUUUGACUUACAAUUAUUCUGCAAACUAUAUAAAUGUUUUUAUUUCAGAGAAAGAACAUGAACAUUCCCAAAAACGAUCUCAAGAUGCCGAUGCGUCACUCAGUAUGAAAGGUAUGAAAUGUACUAUUUAAAACACGAGCAGCAGUGUUUUAUCGGACAUAAAACAUGAAGCAACAGCUGAAUACUUUAUAUAGCUGAUAAAGUACGGACUGCGUGUGUUUUAAAUGACUUACAGCUAAUUCAAAAAAGAUACUUGUGUGAUGUUACUUCGAGUGUAUAUCCACACCGGGCAGGCCUGAAAAAUAUCAUGCCUGGCCACGGUGGGCUAGUAUUCCAAAAGUCGUAGGUUCGAAUCCCACCGUGGCCAGGCAUAAGUUUUCAGGCCUGCCCGGUGUGGAUAUGCACUCAGAGUAACAUCACACAAGCAUCUUAUUCACCUGAGUACAUUACACCAACACAGCAAAUAUCAUAAUUCAAAAAACGUUUCCUUUGCAAACCUUAAACUCUAAACCUUAAACUUUUAAACUCUAAGCGCACAAAGCUUAAUUGGAGCACGAGUUUCAAGAUUAAUAGUCGAAUAUUGCAGCUUUUGUGAAUGAAUUGUUCUCGUAAGGAGAUAUUGACUAUGUCUCUAAGAAAUGGACCCCAUAUAUGAUUUCCGAACUGAUUAAAUGAUGCUCUCAUUAUGCUUUGCAUUAGAGUCUAAGGUUUAAGGUUUACUAGGUUUUCAAAGGACAACCUUUUUUGAAUUAGCUGUAUAAAAAACGACCUAUGAGUUCAUUGGCGAAGUAAUUUUAAAAAUUAAACUUUGAGCCGAUAAUAUCAAAGCUAAAGUUCAUGUAAAUGAACAUGAUUUGUUAUCACAUAUAAAACCACCUACACGGCGGUGAUUUCAUUUGUCUUUCAUCAUGAAUUAUUAAUGAGCUAUAUGAAAAUUCUUUCCUGUACAGAAAAUCUCCCAGAAGACUGUUUGGACGUUCUUAUGUCUGGUGGAACUACAGACGGCGUGUAUAUGAUAAAUCCUGGGAACGAAGGGGCUUUUUCUGUAUAUUGUGAUCAAACAACGGACGGGGGAGGUUGGACCGUAUUUCAAAGACGUAUGGAUGGAGCGGUCGACUUUUAUCGUACUUGGGACGAGUAUGCCAAUGGGUUUGGAGAUUUAUUCCAGGAACAUUGGCUUGGCAAUGAAAAUCUACUCAGAAUAACUAACGUCUUUUACAGUGACUUACGAAUUGACCUUGAAAGCUUCUCGGGUGAAACUAGCUACAUUACUGUGCGUAAGUUUAAGCUGAUGACUGGUAGUGAGAAAGAUUAUAAGUUUUCUUCUAUUGGUAACAAUGGGCCCAUGUCACAGUUACGUAGUAAAACGUUUUCAACCAAAAACAAAGGAAGUGAAAUGUCUGCUGCUCAAGCACGUCACAGUGGAUGGUGGUACGUUGAUGUAUUAGAGUCCAAUUUGAACGGGAAGUAUUACGGCACAAAACAGUAUGCGCAUGAUGGUAUAUUUUGGAAUGCUUGGAAAGGGAUCGAGACCUUGAAAGGAACUAAAAUGAUGUUGCGCUCUAUUGGAGAAGGUAUGUAUGGAGACUUUGACAUUAUUGAAUUACUACUCAUGACACUGAUGUGAAAAGAGUAAGUCCGCCCAGCUCUCAGCUGUGAGUUAGGAUGAUUAGCACACCCCCACUUACUUAAUUAUUUACUUAUUUACUAUUCUUAUUGUUCCCUUUUACUCUAAUCGCACACUGACUCGUGGUCGCCUUUACUUGGAUUUUUGUCCCGUAUUUUCUGUUCCUUUGUAAUGACCAUUGUCAGUCCUAUGAUACUUAGAUUUUCUUUCUCUGCAAUGACUACCACCCCUUUUCUGAAACGCUUUCCUUCAUCUCUUCUUAUUACAGGUCCAUAUUAUCUCAGCCUUACUUUCUUUACCUUGUCACAAUGUUUUUGAUCAGCUCUCCUUCAUAUUAUAUCUUCCCAUUCCAACCUUACUUUUUUCACCAUCACACAUCUUCUGAUCUCCUCAUUCUUCACCUCAUGGGCGUACGGGGGGGGUGGCAGCCCCCCAGUAUGUUGGGCAGUCGGGCAAUAUUCGCUGAACAGUCGGGCAAUUUUGGUUUAUUAUAAAAAUAAAUGGGGCAAAUUCUGUAAAAUUUGUGGCCAAUUUUGUGAUGUUUCGAAAGUUUUUGUUAGGUUCCGAAAAAUUUUGGUAUGUCCGGAAAAAUGUUUUGACCCCUAAAAUGGUACACUGACUGAAAUUUUUUUGGCGACGGGGGGGUCGCCAAAUUCCGGAAAAAAUCUUUUCGGUACUUGUCGGGCAAAAUCCUGGAAAAGUCGGGAAAAUUUCUUUCCGCCCCCUAAAUUUUUCCUUCCGGUACGCCCAUGCUUCACCUGGUCCUUGAGAAACCCCAAGAUCAACCUCAACAUUCAUAUCUUUCUCAUCUGGGGCCGGUUGUUCAAAACUAGAUUAGCGAUAACCCUUGGUUAAAAUUUAACCUGCUGUUUCAGUUUGUGUAUUUCUGAAGAAAUAUUUCUAAAUUUAUAAGCAAGCUGUUGGGAAGUUUGAUUUGAAUUUUAGGUUAACCUAGGGUUAAGAUAAUCGACCUUUGAAAAACUGACCCCUGGUAUUCUUCGUUUUUUGAACAGAAGCACCGUCCUCAGAGUUCUUAACAUUUUUUUGUCACAAAGAACUUUCCUUCUCUUUUAUAGAGCGUACUGGGCCACUAGGCAUGCAAAGUUGGUUUAUCACAGGGGAGCAAACAAAUACAAACAGUCCACACAUUUUUCAUCCUGAUUAUAAACACUAUUUUGCAAGACUGAAUUACCAGAGCUACUGGAAAGUGGCAGAUUUAGGUAAUUUUGAAAUUUUAUCAUGUUUUGAAAACUCGAUGGAAUUAUGACAUAUAACCCGUCAUAAUAUGACUCUGCAGUUGAUGUGGAGGUGUCUUAUUAUUAUUUGUCUUGUUUCGUAUGAAAAAAACGCUUCCAAUUUGACUCUAUCAAACACCAGCUGUAGAUUUUUGCCAGGUACUCCUUCCCCUGUAGUAACACUGGCCUGAUAGGUGAUAUCGCUAACUGGAGUUUUCUGCACAAAUAAAGGUUUUCAGUGAACAUUCUAAACAUAACACUUUUUGAACUUUUUCUGUGUUGGUGUAAUGUACUCAGGUGAAUAUGAUUCUUGUGAUAUGUUACUCUGAGUGUACAUCCACACCGUGCAAGCUUGGAAAAUAUGCCUGGCCACAGUAGGAAUAAAAAAAAUCAUGGUUACUAGAUUACAUCGAUAUCGAAGUAGUUCCGAAGACUCAGUUCCGAAAUAUCACAUACUCGAACCGACCUGACCGCGUAACUCGGUUGGCAGAGGGUUAGUAUUCCAAAGGUUGUGGGUUCGAUUCCCACCGCGGCCAGGCAUAUUUUUCAAGCUUGCCUGGUGUGGAUAUGCACUCAGAGUAACAUCACAAGCAUCAUAAUACUUUUUGUUUGUGGAAACACCACAUAAAUUUAUUGCUGCAAAGCUUUCGAUCCAAACAUUUUUAAACAUUUUUAAUAGGUUACUACUUAGAGAUCAACCUCAACACCUUCCAUCGUAUCACACAUUUUGCGACUCAAGGAGGGACAGAUUUAAAUUAUGUCAAGAAGUUCUUUGUUCGACUUAAAAAUAAAACUGGGUUUUGGAAAGACUAUGUAGAGAAUGGCCAGUUAAAGGUUUGUACGUUAAACGAUAGUGAAUUGUUGUAAACUGUCUCAUUUAGAGUGAGCCAUUAGGCUUAUUUUCACCAGGCAAUGAUAAUAGUGGUGAUGGAAAUAAUGGUGAUCACGAUGGUGAUAAUAGUGAUGGUGAUAAUGGUGAUGUGUGAUGUGUGAUAAGGAUGAUAGUUGGCGGUUAUAAUGCUAAAGAUGGUAGCGACGAUGAUGGUGAUAGUGGAUGAUAAUGAUGGUUGUGGUUGUGAUGAUGAUGUUUGUGGUAAUGAUGAAGAUGGUGAUGGUGGUGGUGAUGAUGAUGAUGGUGGUCAUAAUGAUGAUGAUGAUGAUGAUGACAGUGAUAAUAAUGAUGAUGAUGAUGAUUGUGAUAAUGGUAAUGGUAAUGUUCUCGAUAAUUUUAUUUGUUUUAGAUAUUUGAAGGGAACAACGAACACACAUUGGCAAACGAGUUCGACACUGUCUCAAAUUGUCUGUAUGAUGCUGAACUUGUCAGGACAAUACGACUCCAUCUUGUUUCAUGUAGCAGCGCAAAUUGUUCAUUGAGGAUUGAGUUAUACAGUUGCGAGGAUUGUAAGUACAGUAUACGGAUCUGGAUAGUAGACCUGGAUAACACAACCGCCAUUAUUCACAGCUGGAAAAAAGAACCCAGCUAAAAAUUACCGGACAAUGCACUACAUUUACACAAGAAAUGUCUAAAAAGAUUUCUGCACUUAUAGUUUAGUUUAGAUUUCCUCGUGUAGUAACACUGAAUCAAUAAGAGAUGACUCUUACUGGACCUCAAGGAAGAACAGUUUAGAACUGAUAGAGUUAUCCAGUAUAAAUAAAGUUAGUUUAGUUUAGGUUUCCUCCUGUAGUAACACUGGAUCAAUAAGAGAUGAUCCUUACUGGACCUCUAGGAAGAACAGUUUAGAACUCGUAGAGCUAUCCAGUAUAAAUAAAGUUAGUUCAGUUUAGGUUUCCUCCUGUAGUAAUACUGGAUCAAUAAGAGAUGAUCCUUACUGGACCUCUAGACAGAACAGUUUAGAACUCAUAGAGCUAUCCAGUAUAAAUAAAGUUAGUUUAGUUUAGGUUUCUUCUGUAGUAACACUGGAUCAAUAAGAGAUGAUCCUUACUAGACCGCUAGGGAGAACAGUUUAGAACUGAUAGAGCUAUCGAGAAUAAAUAAAGUUGGUUAAAACUAAGUAAAAUUUAUUUCCACUCUUGUUUUCCAGCAUGUAGUUCACCGUUGGGAGUUAGCAGUGGUCUACCAGAUGAUAGAUUAACCGCAUCAUCAUGGAAACCUGGAAAGCUCCCAAUAGCUGGCCGGCUUUCCAAAGUGGCCGCCUGGUGUGCAAAGGACUUGAAAGCAGACGAGUUUCUAGAAAUAAACUUCCUAGAAUUAGUUAAAGUGACGUAUGUCGCCACCAAGGGAUAUAUUAACAGCGGUCUACCGUGUUUUGUCAAGAGUUAUUCUAUCAUGUAUAAGAACAGAAAAGGAAAAUGGAUUAUGUAUAAAAGAGAAAAUGACAGGGUAAGUAAUUGUCUGACUUGGAAACUUUACGUAUUUACCCCACACAACUUUGCCUAAAACUGUCGCGUGCAACCUGCUUACAACUUGAGUUGUACUUUGUAAAUCAAGCACACAACUCAUCUACGACAACGUAAGUAAGUUGUGUGCUUGAUUUACACAGUAUAACUCAAGUUGUAAGCAGGUUGCAUGCGAUAGUUGUGUAAAUCGACCUUAAAUAAUCAGUGGAAUGGUGUUUGGUUCUUUUCUUUGCUCGAAGGUUUUCUCUGGGUUUACACCAUAAGUCAACCCCUCUACCGUAGCUGUGUUUCGUCAAUAAAUAUGGAUCGUACAGUGCAGUCAGAGGCACACUUAGUAAGCUUUCGACUCGGCAACAUCGUUUUCAAUUUAGCACUCAAUUGAUAAUGAACAGCCCCAACCUUAACCUAAUGUCCUUAUACUCUUUAAACUGAACUGAAAGAUGUGCUUGUUAUUACUUUUUAUGCUGUACCUGCAUGCUAUUUCUUGUAGGUAUUUCAAGGUAACAUCAAUCCAGAUCUUGCCAUUCGUAAUAAGAUUGAAAAGCCUUUCCUGGCGCUCUCUUUGAGAUUUGUUGUGAAGACGUGGCAUAAUGAUAUCUGUUUAAGAACUGAGAUAUAUGGCUGCUACCCAGGUAAGUAUUUAUGCCGCUCUCUGAAAAUAAAGAGGUUCAGAUUUGACUACCACUACCGCUCACUAGCUUAUUACGCAUUUGAUUGGUUAAUCGGGGAGAGUAAACGCAUCCGAUUGGUUAAUGGUAGAUUGGCAGCGGUCGUGGAAGUCCAAGUGUCAACCUCUGUAAUAAAAAUGAAGAAACCGCUUCAAUCUUGUGUUUAAUCUAUUCUGUUUUGGUUUUUCUGAAGGUCAAAAUGAAAUGCAAAAUUAACAUUUAUUUCUAUUCAUCCUUGAUUAGAUAAUCCUAAAUUUGUGAUUUUUACCGAUACUGCUAUCACUGGAAGAGAUUUCAACAUCAAAGGUAGUUGAAAUGAACAACAACAACAGCAACAACAAUGACAACAAUAACAGCAACAACUAUGACAACAACAAUGACAACGACAACGACAACGACACUUACAAAAGCGAGUAAGAAUUCUUUAUACAAUUCCUAUAACUUGUUGUUAUAUUUUUUUUUAGGGAAGUAUCGUUAUUGUGAAAAUUGUGAAUGCCCUGGUUGCAAGAAGAGUAUCUGUCUUCGUGUGUUUGAUAAAGUUCAUAUUCUCGCUGCUCAUUUCUCGCACGACUGUUUGUAUCAUGACUUUGAUAUUCCUGUUCAGGCAUCCGUCAUCCCAGGAAUUCAUAAAGUUUAUGUAAGUUACAUUAUCUAAAUUGAUUAGGGAACAGAUACGAGUAGUGGACGGGUGGCAAUGAAAGUGUUCCUAAAAUAUUCGACCAAUCCUUUUGCCUCGCAUUGUUGUGGAAGUGUAACCUCCAUAUUUGUGAAUAGACCUUAUGCAUAAUGACGUCACAAGGCUUGAUGCCCGCAAGGAAUGCUGGUCUUAGGAGUCAUCGCCCGGGAAAAUUUCGAUAGUGGCCAUUUUGAAUUGUUUAAUUUUCCCGGGCGAUGACUACUAAGACCAGCAUUCCUGGCGGGCAUCAAGCCUUGUGACUUCUUUAUGCAUAAGAUCUAUUGGAUGCUUGCUGAUCCAAUAUUUGUAAAACGUGUUUCAUUAUUUAGAUAUCAGACAGUGACUACAGUGACUGCAGUGAUACAUAUAAUCAGCGUAUGGUUGGAAGUAUUGCAGUUUCAGAAGGUAAAGCAUAUGUCAUUCUUGCCUGUGUAGCUAACAGUUUUCAGGGUUGGGGCUUGGGGCACAGAAUAUUACACAGAAGGCCAUCUCCAUUGUUUUUGCGUAAGCGCUAUUCGUCAUGAUUCGUCACUCAGCAAGUUCCCUAAACAGAAGCAGUCAACCCCCCUGGAAAUAUCCAUGGCUUUCUUCCACACAGCGCCAAUUUGAAUAUUUCCAGGGGGUGACUACUUCUGUUUAGGGUACUUGCUGAGUGACGAAUCAUGGCGAAUAGCGCUUACGCAAAAAAACACUGCAGAUGGCCUUCUGUAUAGUAUUCUGUGGUUAGGGUUGAGGCACUGGAUACCUCAAUCUGUUCUUGAGUUCCAGUAAGGAACAUCCAUUAUAUGUUCACUGUUACUACCGGAGAAAACCAGAGUGCCUAAAGAAACUUUUUGGAGCCAAACUCUCCCGUGUGCAUCAUUAAGGGUGAAAAGUAAAGGUCACCCGUUAAAUAUUUUGUUGCUAACACAGUCAGAGAAACUUUGUAAAUAUGCACUGAGAGACAAAUCAGAAGAUAUGUUAUAUAUAUAUAGAUAUAGAUAUAGAUAUAGAUAUAGAAAUCGUAAAUUUUGUUGAACUAAGAGAACGGACGAAUUUUACCUUCAAAUAUUUUUAACUUUCUUACUUAUAUGCUUGAUAGAAGAUGGUAUUUUACUAUUAACAUUAAUAUUUUUUUAGUAUUUAGAUGUAGAUCAUAUUGGAGUGUAAUUUUGUAAACCGUCAUCAAUUUAGUUAUUCUGUUUUGAGUUUAAAAACCAUUUACAUACAUACAUCAUUUUACUAGUUGGCUAGUACCAGUCAAUUUUACUCCUUAAUGAAUGAGUUUAUGAAUACAAAGAGUUAUUGGAUGUUUUCAUGCUGAAUAGGUUAUACCAAUUGUUUGGACUUAUUGCUGUCUGGCCACACAGAAAGUGGACAAUAUUUGAUAGAUCCUGAUGGAAAUGGGUCCGUUAUGGUACGUAACACUUUAAGUAUAUUACGGUGAUGAAUCUAACAUACAUCUAUAUUGAAAACUAAUCCAAGAUUCCAAGGUGCUGAUGCAUGGGUACCGUGUGUGUUAGAGAACAACUAGGUUUUGCACACAGUACAAAACAACAAAAUACAAUACAAAAAUGGAACAAGAUUGCAACACAGUCCAACUGAAAUGGAGAGCACUCUGCGUGUUCAUAUCACGUGUCCAGUUAUAAUCCCUAAAUCUUUUGUUCAGGUUUACUGCGACCAAGAAAAAUAUGGUGGAGGUUGGACUGUAUUUCAAAGACGAGUUGAUGGCAGUGAGAACUUCAACCGAGACUGGGCGACCUACAAACAUGGUUUUGGAGAACUUGAGCGCAAUUUCUGGCUUGGAAAUGAGUACAUUCAUCGACUGACCCGCACCAAACGGGAACUGUUGCUUGAAGUGAACUCUGAAAAUGGCGAUCACGCAUUUGUUUUGUAUAAAUCAUUUCAAAUAAGUAAUGAAGAGGAUGCAUAUCGGGCCCACGUUUCAGAAUAUCAAGAAUCCGUAGGUAAUUGCUGUAUUUAUAUCAUUGAAUUUUUCUCAGAACUUAGAACUUUUCGACCACCUGGACCAGUCCGUCAGUUAGUUGGUUAGCCAGCAAAAGGCAGGCAGGCAGGCAGGCAGGCAGGCAGGCAGGCCGCCAGACAGGUGAUUACCAGCUCGAACCAACUUGACUUCGUUUCUCAGUUGGUGGAGCAUUGGACUGACAAACCAAAGGUCGUGGGUUUGAUCCCCACAGUGGUCAAGCAAACGAUUUAGCUUCUCGGUGUGGAUGCAUCACACAUACACACAUACAUACAUUACAAACAUACAUACACACAUACACACGUACAUACAUACACCCAUACACACACAUACAUACAUACAUACAUACAUACGUACAUACAUACAUACACACACACACACACACAUACAUCAAUACAUACAUAGACUUAUUUUAACACGCUAGCCUCAACAACUAUCAGCUGGGGCUCGUAAAUGAGUGAAACUUUACAAUGCACAACUAUAUAGGAACAUUACAAGGGUAUUCUCUACACACAACAAGAAGACAAAAGACAGAAAAACGAGCCGGCUUCAACUCAUCGUUUGGUUCAGAAUCGUAUAUUAAGGGAGCUUAUAGAUGCAGUGGUUCAAUAUGUCAAAUAUCUCAAAUAUUUUUUCCAUAUUUCUAUAGGUAAUUGUUUGUAUUAUUUGAAUGGCAAACCAUUCACGACAUACGACAGAGAUAACGACGAUGAGGAUAGUGGUAACUGCGCUACUGACAGAGAAGGAGCUUGGUGGUUUGGAAGUUGUGGCGUUUGUCAUAUGAAUGGAGUAUAUGGAGGAAAUUACUUGACAAAAUUAAAGUUUAAUUAUUGGACAGACAAUCAAUAUCUUAACGGAGUUGAAAUAAAAAUACGAACGAAGGAUGGUUAGUAUUGUUCAAUAUACAGUAUUUACUUCCGUCCCUUUUUGUCCUCCUAGCUGUAGUAACACUAGAACAAAAAGAGAUGAUUCUUACUGGACCUCUAGGGAGAAUAGUUGAGAAUUUAUAGCGCUAUCCAGUAUUAAGUUUAGUUUAGGCUUCUUCCUGUACUAACAGUAAGAGACGAUUUUUACUGGACCUCUAAGGAGAACAAUUUAGAACUGAUAGAGCUAUCCAGUAUAAAUAAAGUUUAUAUUUCCUCUGCAGUAACACUGGACAAAAAAAGAGAUUUUGCCUUCUUUGCCGGUCCCAGCAAGGUUGUUCCACUUUUGUUUUGUGCUAACUUCCUCUGUCGUUGUUUUACAGUCGUGACUUGCAACGAGACGUUUUGCUACUACGUGCUGAAGAAGCCACGGCAUUGGUUUGCAGCGCAUGAGGAGUGUCGCAGAUUCCAUGCAGAUCUUGUGUCCAUUCACGAUGCAAACGAAAACGAGUGGAUUGCGAAUACGAUACUUCGUGAACAAAAUAUUGAUGAAGUUCACCUGGGUAGGUUGAACCAUUUUGAAGACACAUAACAAGAUACACGCUUGUUUAAAGGCCGGUUCACACUUGCAAUUUUCACUGCGAUUUUUAGUGCGAUUUUCUUCUUUUGACGCAUGUGAACGAGUAGAUGAGUUAUGAAUGUUCAGUUCAAGGUCAGUGAACUCUAAGGGAACUGGAACGAUAACUUGGCGGCCAUCUUUGAAGCCAAAUUGAAGGCCGCCAUGUACGUAUGGAGUGGAAAAUACGCCACCAAAAAGAUGUCUGUUUUCGACCACUAAAUAGCUGUAUUUCAACAAGGAAAAAAGCUAAAAACUUACAACAAUACCUCGAAUUUAAUACAAAACAUGUUUCCAGAACGUAGAGCAGUUAUAAAGUUCUUUUUUCAGGAGUCAAAGUGCGAAGUUUUUUUCGGCACGUUCAAACUUGUGUAAUAUUUUGAAUAUCAAGCUGUUACCCUGGAAGUUUUUGCUGUUAGUGGAU